AGCAUGCCACUAUGGUCAUGAGGUCAACUGAAUGCAAUCGUCAUCAAGACCAGGAACUAUCCAACUUAAGAGUAUACCAAGAAACAAGUGCAACUACUCCCGCCGACAAUUAGAUGAGGGAGCAGAAUGCUGCAGCAACCUAUAGACCGUUCUAUUCUGAAACUCCAUCUUCCCAAUGGAGGAUUUAACAUGGUCAAGUAUGGGGAUGCUACUGAUGUCAAGGUAGGAGCACGUGUUGUAAAAUGUACUCUUUAGUUUGUUUUAUUGGUGAUCUGGUUAUCGGCAUGUGCAUUGAACUUUAACACUUCAUUGUCAGACAUAGAUUUUAGUAAAUCUUAGAGAAUCCAGUAUAUUAUGGGCCAUCUAGAUUUCUUACUUAAUCCUGUAUAAUCCAAGAACUGACUUUUAGUAUUUUAGUUGAUAAUCUAUCAACCAACAUUAGCUUGACAGAACAAUAAAGAUGAUAGUGAAAAUUUUGCCAUUGUUUCAAUGAGUAUUAGAUACAAAUAGAAAGAUUUGUCUUCUCUUGAAAGAUUUGUCUUCUCUUGAAAGAUUUGUCUUCUCUCAAAAGAUUUCUCUCCUCUAGGAGGAUUAGUCUCAUCUCAUCAAGUCAGAUCAAGUUCCACAUUAUGAAUGCCAUAAAUGGUGGUUCACAUUUCUAAAUUUCUCUACCUGAAUUGGGGAUUGCAACAGCCGUGUUUCAUUUCAGAUAGUUAAUUAGUUAUAUAUUUUAUUGCCAGUUUUCUGACUGCUUGUAACAAGGAAAAAAAACAAAUUGUUAGUGCACAAAAUUUUUUAACAGACCUUCCUACCAUAUAAUAGCAUAGUGAUAUUAAGGAGUUCUAUCAUCGCCCUACCAUUUUUUAUGAAAUUUGUUUGUCAUAGUAUAUAUGUAAAAUAUGACUAUAAAAUGUGACUUUAAAACUGUCAUAUGUAUAAAAAUGCUAUUAUCUGAAAAAUAAAAAUAAUUAAUUCAAACUUGGAUUAAACUGUUAAAAUCCCCUGCUAAGUAUUCAAAACGAUAACCAAUAACAAAUUCAAAAAUGAAUUUUAUUAACCUGAUGAAAUAUGACCUCAUGAAAUAUAAUCUAAUAAAAUAUGACCUUAUUAUCUAACUUGAAAUAUGACCUAAGAUAUUACAUAUAUCAGUUGAAAAUAUUCCUUUUCUUAUGACUUUUAUGUCAGAACCUUAUCAACAGAGUUUUUGGUUUUUCUAGCAGAGAAUGCCAGUUUGCACCUUGGUUUUGAUAGCUUAUAAAAUAUGAUUGGAUAUCCAAUCCACUUUUAAUAAAAUUCUAUUUCAUUUUCACAAUCAUCAGGAUAUAAUCAAACUAGUGGUUGGCCGACUGGCAGCUGGUGAUCGCCUGUUUGCAAGAUGCUUUGCCCUGAGACUUGUCGUAAUAUCUCAGAGGCUGAGUUUUUGGCUACACAAUGACCUCAGCAUGUACCAGGUCAGACAGAAGUACGAGGCGAAGUUUUUACCUGAUGAUCUGAGGUACGUUGAGAAGGAACAAUCCAGUGAGACAAUUUUAAAAAAAAAAAAAAGGGUCAUCUUACAAUUUAAUAUAGUUAAUGUCAAAGAAAGGUUUCUGUCAUUAUUCUACAAUUUGUUAGAGCAUUUCUAUAAUAGAAGUACGAGGCGAAGUUUUUACCUGAUGAUCUGAGGUACGUUGAGAAGGAACAAUCCAAUGAGACAAUUUUAAAAAAAAAAAAAAAGGGUCAUCUUACAAUUUAAUAUAGUUAAUGUCAAAGAAAGGUUUCUGUCAUUAUUCUACAAUUUGUUAGAGCAUUUCUAUAACACUGUAAUAAUGGGGGAGGGGGGGGAACUGAACAUUGAUCUAUUGACAAACAGUUGGGCCGCUACAUGUUAUCCUUUCAAUUAAAUAAAAAUCUCAUCUCAAUUUUACAAUGUGUGAACAUUCAAGAUGACAGGAUUCUCUCACUUAUGCAAUGGAUGGAACAGUAUACAUAUACCCUCUAAUGUACUGUCCUCUUAUUUAUUUUCCUCUUCCCUCAGAUAUGAAUUGAGGGUGCGUUAUUUACCAAAAAGUUUUCAAGAACUCCAUCAACGUGACAAGGUCACAUUUUUCUAUCUCUAUGAUCAGGUACAUCAAGAAAAAAAUGAAAUUCUUUGUAAUGUAAUAAAUAAUUAUUUAUUGAAAAAUAGUGGGUUAUUGAGAUCCUAAUUAAGGGACUCUUUUUGUCUUCAGUUUUAAUACGUUAGAUACAGGGUGUACAUAAAGUCAAUAGAUACUGGGUGUACAUAGUCAAUAGAUAUAGGAUGUAUGUAGUCGAAUAGAUACAGGAUGUACAUAAACUCAAUAGAUGCUGGGUGUACAUAUAGUCAAUAGAUACAGGAUGCACAUAAAGUCAAUAGAUACAGGAUGCAUAUAAAGUCAAUAGAUACAGGUGUACAUAGUCAAUAGAUACAGGUGUACAUAGUCAAUAGAUAAAGGGUGUACAUAGUCAAUAUAUACAGAGUGUACAUAGUCAAUAGAUAAAGGGUGUACAUAGUCAAUAGAUACAGGGAGUACAUAGUCAAUAGAUGCAAGGUGUACCUACGUACAUACCUACUUCUAUAGCUACAUACUUGCCUACGUACCUAACCUACAUAUCUAACUACCUACCUUAGACAUACCUACCUACAUAUCUGCCUACCUACCUACUUAACUACCUACAUACCAACCUCUACAUAUCGCCUGCCUACCUGCAUAUCUACCUACCUACUUAUCUACCCACCUACAAAUAUUGAACUGCUCAAACCUUUAUAUCACGACACUUGUUAACAAGUCCAAAAUGUAUGUUUUGAAUAACCAUGUAAAUUAUGUACAGGAUCUUGUGCACAAUUUUCACGAUGGAAACACCAAAGCUAAGUACAAAAUGUGGGAGAAUUGUAUUGCUUCAUAGGUAUUCAUAAGGUUACAAGCUGUAGAGAACAUUUUCAUGCAUCUUUUUUUCUGUGUGUGAUAAAAUGGAGCUGUCUGAUGGAAAUCUUUAAAUAUGGUUUCAGGUCAGAUCAGAUUACCUGAAAGAAAUUGCUGACCAUAUAGAUCCAGAAAUAGCAAUCAAAUUGGGUUGCAUUGAAAUGAGGUAAGUCACUUAUAAUCUUUUCCCCCAUCAACUUUCUCUCUCACCAACACCCCCCACUCCCCCCUCUCCAAACUUGUGUCAGUUAUUGUCGUGUAACAUAGUGUAAGGUUAUUGUGACUUAUGCGCCUAUUCUACCCAUAACAUAUUUUAAUGUGUAUAUCUAACCAUAUCUAAUAUUCUGUCUACAGAAGGUUCUUCAAAGACAUGCCUCAAGUUGCCUUAGACAAGAAGUCCAACUUUGACUACCUGGAGAAGGAAGUCGGUCUGAAACGUUUCUUGCCCAAAUCUGUGAUAGACAGUAUGAAGGUGAAGACUAAAAUUAGUUUGCUCCCUUUCAUGGGUUGUUUCUUUAAAAAAUAAGCCCUAUAAAUCCUUGAAUAAACCUUAUCCGUUAUGUCAAGGCAUAAGUGGCAUUAAUAAAUUUGAUCUCUUAGGUGGCAUUAAUAAAUCUGAUCUAUGAUGUGAAAUCAAAAAUGGCAUUUAUAAAUCUGAUCUGUUGUGUGAAGGCAUAAGUGGCAUUAAUAAAUUUGAUCAAUUACGUGAAAUCAUUAUGGCAUUAACAAAUCAGAUCCAUUAUGUGAAGUCACAAGUUUCUCACUAACAUCAUCAUUCUAAAAUAUUACUUUUACAAAGUCAGUUAUUGGGAUGAUUUAAACUAAUUCAAAUACCUUAAUUUAUUGUUAUUUAAUUUCAGACACUUUUAAUUUUCAUUGGAACUCUGGAAUAAUAAGACUGUUCUGUGUAGAAAAUAAACAUGGUUCAUUCCAGGCUUGUGAGAACUCUUUUAUCAAAAAUAUGUACUUGCUCUCAGCAUCUGUUAAACCUUGGUAUGGGGCCCUAAAAUAUCUAGGCUCCUGGGGAAAAUUAACACAGACAUACACACAAGCAUACUAAAUUCCACGGUUUUAUAAUUAUAUACAUUUUAUUUAUUCUAAUCAAAAUUUGUUUUUCAUUAUUCCAUUACUAUUAUAAAUUGUAUUAUGGGGAGAAAAUUGUCUUUGAAUCGGUAUAGCAUAGUAGAUGGUCACUUUCACACUCCUAAUUGUCAUAAAAAAGAUGGAUUUAAAAUUAGGUUUAUGCACGUCCAAUGUUAUUUCUGCACUAUCCAAUGCACACAUACCACCACUCACUAAUAAUGUCUGUUUACUUUUAUUAUAAUCUUUUUUCAAAACAUAUAUUUAUAUUAUCAUCAAGCUGUUCCGGUUUCAGUCCUACAGACUAACUUUUGCAUUUUCCUCUGUACAUUGGAAAACAUUACAAAAACAAUUCUCCAUUUGGGAGGCUAUGACAGUAACCUUUCUCAGGCAUCGCAUGGUAAACCCCUACCUGUGGUAAGGUAUCUGAGACCGAAAUAUUUGUCUGGUGGGUGUGAAUUUUUAACACACUGACCGAUAAAGUGGCAUCAUAGGUUCAAUGAUAAAGUGGUAUCACAGGUUCAAAGGAUAAUUACCCCACAAACCCCGUCACUAGGGAUAAAGCAUUUUUUUCUUUUUUUCCUUUUCAUGUUUACAAUAAAACAUGUAAGCAGUCUUCAUUUCUGAUCACAGAGUUUCAAUGUAUUUUAAAACCUCUUUCCCUUAUAAUAACCUAUUGUAACCUCCAACCUUUUAUAGAACAGUAUCAAAUUUUUUAUUCCACAGUCCAAAGCGCUCCGCAAGGUUAUCCAGCAGCAGUUUCGUCACUACGCUCAGCUGACCGAGUCGGAGUGUGUUUUUAAAUUUUUUGAGACUUUGUUUACUGUGUACAACUUUAACCAUGAAAGAUUCAGAUGUGCCUUAGGGGUAAGUAGUAUGUAGAAUAUAUAAAUGACUUUAUCUUGGAUGUCCAUAAUAUAAACAUGAGUUUGUCUUGUAUGUCUAAUCGGGCAAUGGAACAUGAUUUUCAUGUCAAUUUACUUUGUUACAGCUUUAAUACCUCAUGUGGCUUAUUAAAACAAAAUAUGUUUAGCACAAUAAGGAAGACUGUCGCUUGUUUCAAUGAUAGCACUUUAAUGAAAAAUCACUUAUUUCUCUUGAAUUGUAUUCUGUAAAAGUGGUUUGAAAAUUAUAAAAGUUUGAGAUAUCAUCAGUUUCCAUGAGACCUUGCUUUUUAUGUCAACGACAAAAUAAUGAAAUAUUAACAUCUAAACACAAUCUGUUUUUUUUUCCUUUCCAGUCUGGUUGGAGUAUUUCUGUUGAAAUUGUGAUAGGUCCUGAUGUUGGAAUUAGUUAUUUAACAGAGAAGGCUUCAACGGUAAGGCAUCAUAAUUUGAGACUCCCUCACAGAAAUAAAGUGUUUAUUGUAAAUUCAUAUGAGACUAAUCUGUACGAAGGAAUGUUGUUCCUUGUUAAAACGUAAGUUUAUUCCAAAUAAACACUCUUAGACAGAAAUCACUUUAAAACAAUGUUCCAUUUCUUUCAAUGGAUAUAAAUUUAGUUCAAACAAGGUUCCUUCAUACAAAUUGGUUUUGUAUUAAUAUAACAGAUUGAAGUCAGGAUUUUCACUAGUUUAUGUGGACAAACAAAUUAACGUUGCUGGGAAUAUGGUAGUAAUUUGUAUCAGAUACGUGCUACAUUUUUUAUGUUGAUCUAAGACAUCUAGUGCGUUGGGUUAUAUUAAGAGAAGAACAUAACAAAGGAAGUAGGGUGGACACAGUCUUCUAAGGAACUGCAUAGUGUAAAAACUAAACUUAAUUUACACUAUGUACACAAGGAACUCUCAGCAAGAAAGUUUAUCAAAAAGUUGCUAAACAAUUAAUAUAAAAAUCACUAAGCAAUAUGAAAUUGGCCUCUUGUAGAACUGCCACAGCAAAAUUUAAAUCAUGGCAUUAUUGUAUGAGGGAAAACCAUGUGUUUAAGUAAUUAUUUCGGAUUCUAUGAAGUAAUAAUUUCUACCUGACUUUUUCAGCCCACACACAUGGCGGACUUUGCUCAGGUCCAGUCCAUACACACCAUGACAGGGGAUGAUGGGAAGGGGGUAGUACAGCUGAAAAUAGUGGGUGCCUCAGAGCCUCUAACCAUUACAUGUAAAACACUAGAUGAUGUGGAGGACAUGGCUGAUCUCAUAGAUGGCUACUGUAGGCUGGUACAUGACAUGCAAGGAACACUCUGGACUAAAAGAGGUAAGGCUUUCAUACAAAUUUGAUUUUCCUGUAUUUAGUGGUUAAAAUCAUUAUAAUACUGAAUUUGAUCUGAUCUCCUGGCCCUAUCCCUGCUUUUAGUCCUCCCAAAUUGGCAGGCACAACUGUCUAUACUAUAGUCUUUAGCCAUUUAUGUUAUUAUGCUAGUUCAAGACUCCUAGACUAUAAAAUCCCAAACAAAAUACUGUUAAAGAGUACUGGUAUUCUGAUGAACAGAGAACAUCACUUCUUUUUUUUUUUUAGAAAUUCAAAUGUUUGUUUUUUUUAUCAGUGACAUGGCAAGUUUACUAGAGUAGAUGAUGAAACUUGUGGAAGAGAUUGAUGUAAAGUGCAGUAGAUUGAUUUAGAGUGAUGUAGAUUCUUUUCAAAUUAAUUCGGAUAGUAAUAAAAGUAAUCAUAUGGUAAAAUUUAAAUCUGAAACUGUUUAUUUAGUUCUAGUUUAACAGAUUUUAAUUUUAGCAUUUUUGUUACUGGGUCCAUAUGGAUGGAACACAACUUGUGAAAAUAUUUUGAAAUUCAACUGCAAAUAUUAAAAUUGGAAAGCUUUUAAUGUUAGAUAACAUUACUUUGCAUUGUGAUAAUCAAAUUUUAUACUUUAUAAAAAAAUUAUUAAAAUGAUGACUUUCUAUUUUUUAAAUGUUCAUUUUUUAAAGAAAAUAACAUAUAGGUUAAAAAUAGAGUUGUGUCCCUUUGCUUAGACAUGUAAUAGUUUACAUGGGUCAGGAGUUGGUUAAUAUUGAGUAUCUUAUCAAAUAAUUUCAUAAAUAAUAAUUUUUUUUUUAUCAAGCAGGGAAUAUCUCUUAUCACUACACUUGAAACUUUUUUUAUAAGAAAUGACCCACCCAGCCUUUGUUACUGUAGUUUAAUAAAUAGGUGAUCUGCCUUAAUAGUGUACCAAAGCUUUUCAAAAUAUAGUUUAUAUGUGCAUCAAACUGAAUAAGAGAGGUUCACUGAAGUUUUGUAAUGUGUAGCACAUCAAAAAAUAUUUUGUCUCAAUCAAUAUUGUGCCCACUGUAGGUGCACUUUCAUAGAUGACACAUGUAGCUAGACAAGUGGAUGUCACAAGUGGAGACCAGUUUAGAGAACACCUAUAACAUAAAUAAACAGGCUCUCUGUCCGGUCUCCAAACAUUUCAAUAGCACUAACCAUGAUGGAAUUUUAGACAUUGCAGUUACUGGUAUACUGUAUACUAAUAACACACCUGACAGGAUCUAUAUGGAGAAUAAAUUAAUAACAAGAUUUGGUACGUUAACUCCAUACUGGAUAAACCAAAUCCACAAUUUUACGUAGCUGCCAUGUCUUUUUCCUGUUUGUUUUUUUUACAUUUUACUUCAAAUCACUUUCUUUCCAUUCUUCUUUACUUUGUUUCUGUCUGGUUUUUGCGCCCACUCCUAUUUUUCUCUUUUUUUAGGUAGAAUAUAUGUAUAUACGUAUUAUGUAAAUUUAAUUUAUACUUAUUUAAAUGUUUUGUCGUUAUACUUGUUAAAGCAUGUGACGAAACGUCUUCUUGUGUAUUAUGUCUUCUUGUGUAUUGUGUAUUAUCAAAGCUCAACAUAUAUUGUUAUAAUGACAAAAUUUGUUCGUGUCUAAUUAAUUUAUUUUAAAGCUUUAUUGCAGUCCAACACUUUUAUAAUGAAAUAUUGCAACAAAUUUCUUUGAUAGAAAGCUUAAAGUAAUUUAUAAAUUUUUAAAAUGAAUUGAGUCAUAUUUCAAUACUUUUUCUGAUGUUAUUUAAUUCCUUAUCAAAAUACACUGUAUCAUUUCUAUCGCAGACCAGUAGCCUAGGAAGGCGAGGGCAGAAUGACAGGAGAAUGACUGGGGGGGGGGGGCAUUCGGGCCAAUUGUUUUUGUCUUGGAAGGGAAAUAAAAUUUUGGCUAGCCCCUGACAGCACUAAGCCAGUGAUGCCAGUGUUGGGGAAUUUAUUGAAACUCAGUACUUAACCAGCACAAGUGAUGCUAGUGUCGGGGAAUGUAUUGAAACUCAGUACUUGAACAAGACAUAGUGGGAAAAAGAGAUAACACGUGUGCCAAAUCCUAAUGAAAUGUCAUUCAAUUGAACAUUUAUUAAAUAUUCUUAAGUUGUAGAUUGUAUCUUCCAUAUGACUUGUAUCUCAGUGAAACUAGAGAUUAUAUCUUCCAUAUGAUGUGGUUAUUUGUGAAACUAGCGAUUUGAUCUUCCUUAAAUGUUGUGACUAUCUGUCAAACUAGAGAUUUGACCUUUCAUAUGAGUGUACACCUGUGAAACUAGAGAUGUUAUCUUCCAUAUGAUGGGUAGGGCUGUGGAACCAGAAGCUGCUUCAUAGAUGAACUUAGCUCAUAAAGAAGGUGUUGCUGCUUCUCUAAGUUCUGGCUUUGUUAUCAAACUUAGGUCUUAUUGUAAUGCUCUUUAUUGGUUGUUCAAAUGCUCUUUAUUGGUUGUUCACAUGCUCUUUAUUGGUUGUUUAAAUGCUCUUUAUGGGUUGUUCACAUGCUCUUUAUUGGUUGUUUAAAUGCUCUUUAUGGGUUGUUCACUGAAGGAGGCUUUCUUCUGACACGUGGGUUGGUUUGUACUGUUUGGUUUUUCAAUCAUUGUAUUUUGUUGAAUCUUUUCUAGAUGAUUUCAAAGUUUAUAAUUGUUGAUUUGUUGAAGUUUCUGGCAACGAUCAUUUCAAAUUAUAAUUUUUAGGAGUUUUAAUAAACACCUGAAACUUUAAAUUUACUCUGAAUUGAACACGAAAUCGCUUUAGAUGACUCUGCUUGUCAUGGAACUUUAGUGAAAAGGGAUCUAACUAUUCUGGCCGAGAAAAUUACACGCUGGAUGACUUGCUCGGUCGUUGCCCUUCUGGGGCUGAAAGGGAAAUAUGAAAGAGUUAUGGUUAUUUUAAGAGACAUUAAAUGAGGAAUAUUGUAGAGAUGGUAUCAAGGCAUGGAGUACUUGGUGAUGAUGUCAAGCGAGGCUGAUUCCGUGAUUCAUCUAGCAAAAUGAGACUCGAGGAAGAUGUCAGCAACGCGUAAAGCUGCGUGUUGGAAUGGGAAUCCUAUUUAAAGGGUUGCCCGUCUCCAUUGGGAAUUGAGCUGUAUCAAGCGGGAUUACUGAGUCUGGACAUAAAUCUGGAGAAGGACUUCCAGACGCCGGAGAGAAAACAACGAAUCUCAGAGUGGAUAGCGUUAGCACACGAAUUGUCGGUAUCACCGAUUUUUUAGCCAUUCGGUUUUGUUAUCCCGACCCUGUAAUCCAGUACUGGUUAGUUAUAGGCAUUCACCGAAAUACAGUUGCCGCCUGUGAAUGGAGGUGUGUGUAGCCCAACCAAUCGAUAGACACGCACGUGCGGUGAUUCACCUCUUUUCAUUAUAGCUGUCUGCACCAUCACUCCCCCGGCUGCACCAUCGCUCUCCCGUCUGCACCAUCACUCUCCCGUCUGCACCACCAGUCUCCGGCAUCAGAAACAAAUAAACUUCUCAUCAUUGUUCACUUGAUCAAAAUAAUAUGUCCCCCGCCAUAUGACGCUCUUUGAGCACGGAUGUCGACCUGGUCAUUGGUGAUUUAUUGUGUGUCAAAUCAUCAGUAUUGUCAAUGGAAUCUUAAGCUAAUUUUGGGAACAUUUUGUUUUUUAUUCAAACCCCCGACCCCUACCCCCCCCACCCCCCCCCCCAAAUCCCAAUCCCGAACCCUUGCUGAAAUGUAUUUUACUUUUUUUUAAAUGGAUUUUUUAUUUUUUUAUUCAAACCCCCGACCCCUACCACCCCCACCCCCCCCCCAAAUCCCAAUCCCGAACCCUUGCUGAAAUGUAUUUUACUUUUUUUUAAAUGGAUUUUUUAUUGAGGGAUUCAAGUCCUUUUAAAGAUAUGGAUAAUUUGGAAGGAAACCUUUCAAUGAUGGCUUACAAUAACGAGCGUGGUAUGGGGCUAGUAUGUGGCGAAGAGUUGUUCUUUAAUUAAGGUUGGUGUUCCUUCCUUCCCCCACCCUUUUCUACGGUUGAGAUUACAAAGUUGUGUGGGUGAUUGCACUAUAAUAGAACAACGGGUUAAUGAUAUCAAUGUUCAACUUCAGGGGGCUGUGGGAGUUCAUGGCAUAGUGAGCGUUCGUGGCAUGGUGGGCAUUUGCGGGAUGGUUGGUGUUUGUCGGAUGGUGGGUCUUUAUGGGAAGCUGGGUAUCCAUGACAUGUUGGGCAUUUGCGGGAUGGUUGGUGUUUGUCGGAUGGUGGGUCUUUAUGGGAAGCUGGGUAUCCAUGACAUGGUGGGCAUUUGCCGGAUGGUUGGUGUUUGUCGGAUGGUGGGUCUUUAUGGGAAGCUGGGUAUCCAUGACAUGGUGGGCAUUUGCCGGAUGGUUGGUGUUUGUCGGAUGGUGGGUCUUUAUGGGUAGCUGGGUAUCCAUGACAUGGUGGGCAUUUGCGGGAUGGUUGGUGUUUGUCGGAUGGUGGGUCUUUAUGGGUAGCUGGGUAUCCAUGACAUGGUGGGCAUUUGCGGGAUGGUUGGUGUUUGUCGGAUGGUGGGUCUUUAUGGGAAGCUGGGUAUCCAUGACAUGGUGGGCAUUCAUGCUUUGAUGUAUCCCGUGCCUGUGGGAUAUAGAGUAGAUUACGAGUAAGUUUAUCCGAAUAUUAUAUACAAAAUAAAUGCACUUCAAAUUCGACUUUAUUAUUUGGGAUGACUUAAUAAUAGUUUUUGAACAUGAAACUUCAAUCAGUGGGACUUAAGGUUAUGGAACUUUUAUGAAACUUCAUUCCGUUGGAUAUGAGGUAAUAAUAGUUAUAGUACAUGAAGCUUCAAGUAGUGGGAUUUAAGAUGGCAUCACAAAGCUUAGAGAGAUGUUAAAAGGUUUGAUGAUAGCACUUAAUGAUGGAUGGAGAGAAUAAAUCUAAAGACAGUCCCUCGUCUGAGCUCAUCUAAACCAAUCAAAAUAAAACAGAUUCUCCAGUUUAAAAGAAGAAGAAAAAAAAACCCAAAGCAAACGAGGUCAGUGCAAUAUUGACCAGGUCACCCGAAGGCCGCAAUUGUCUGUCUUCAAAAUAGGCAGGCAGCUGUGCCUCAGACAUCAAUACUCUGAUCAAUGUGGACCAUUGUGAUUCCAGCAUGCUACACGCCAGUAGUACUACACUGCCUGUUGGUGCACGUCCGCAUUCCAAGGCAGUACCAUACCAGUGUACGUCCUUAUUCCAAGGCAGUACAACACUGCCAGUCAGUGUACGCCCUUAUUCCAAGGCAGUAUCACACUGCCAGCCAGAGCACGUUCUUAUUCCAAGGCAGUACCACACUGCCAGUCAGUGCACGCCCUUAUUCCAAGGCAGUAACACACUGCCAGUCAGUGUACGUCCAUAUUCCAAGGCAGUAACACACUGCCAGUCAGUGUACGUCCUUAUUCCAAGGUAGUAUCAUACUACAUGUUAGUGUACGUCCUUAUUCCAAAGCAGUCCCUGGCUAUAUGACCAUCUGAUUUUUAGGGUAAAAACAUGGAAAUGUGUUGUUUCUAUUGACUCUUCAAAUGUUAGUUUCUCUGACCCAAUGCUCCUUAUAAACAUGGACCGUUGCAGUGGCUACUGCCAAUUUGUACGUGAGUUUACUUCUAGAAUUUCUCCAGGCAAGCUAUCGAAUGUGUUUUCUUUUUUUUUUCUAUUUGUACAAAAGUUGAAAAUAAAUGGCCAUCUUUGCCCUAUUUGAACAACUCAAGAUCGGAAAGACAUAGAAAUAAUGCUCUAUAUUUUACCAUAAUUUCACUUUAUGAAUCCACUCUUUCAUAGCUGCUGUAAUGCAGGCAAGCGUCGGUUAUGAAUGUGUGGUAACAUCAUUAUAUUUUUUCGCUUUCUAGUUGAACUCUUCACUUUGUAUAAAUUGUAUAAAGAGAGAUGUUGAACAAGGCUUAAGACGAACUAUAGCAAACAACACAACGUUUUCUGAUUGAUUUAAACAAUGGCGGCCAAGCGCUUGCUAUGGGGUGCCUCCAGAUUUUUGGAAAAUGAAGUAUUUCCUACGUGGUGGAAAAAAAGUGCAAAAAUUCAGAUAUGGAAUUCAAUUUGAUGUGUUUUCCUGCUUUUAUUUUUUUCAAAAUGGAAUACUGUUGGCUCAGGCCCUACUUUCACAACCCAUCCCAAACGUCAUCCCAUGUCUUCAUUACUUGUUGGGACAUAUCACAUCCCAAACGUCAUCCCAUGUCUUCAUUACUUGUUGGGAUAUCUCAGUUUCAAUUCGAGAUCCGAGUCACAAAGGAAUUUUAAAACCAGUUGUAAACCUGUUGUAUAGCGGACACAUGUCGUAUUUGUACAAUCUUUUCACUUUCAUCCUUUAUGACACAUGUCUUAUUUGUACAAUCUUCCCACACUCAUCCUUCACGACUCGUGUCUUAUAUGUACAAUAUUCCCACUCUCAUCCUUUAUGACACGUCUUAUUUGCACAAUCUUCCCACUCUCAUCCUUUAUGACACAUGUCUUAUUUGCACAAUCUUCCCACACUCAUCCUUCAUGACGUGACACAUGUCUUAUUUGCACAAUCUUCCCACACUCAUCCUUCAUGACGUGACACAUGUCUUAUUUGCACAAUCUUCCCACUCUCAUUCUUCAUGACGUGACACAUGUCUUAUUUGCACAAUCUUCCCACACUCAUCCUUCAUGACGUGACACAUGUCUUAUUUGCACAAUCUUCCCACUCUCAUUCUUCAUGUCGUGACACAUGUCUUAUUCGCACAAUCUUCCCACACUCAUCCUUCAUGACGUGACACAUGUCUUAUUUGCACAAUCUUCCCACACUCAUCCUUCAUGACGUGACACAUGUCUUAUUUGUACAAUCUUCCCUAUCUCAUCCUUUAUGACACAUGUCUUAUUUGUACAAUCUUCCCACUCUCAACCUGCAUUAUUUUCAUGUUUCCUCAUCCAUCCCAUUAUCUCACCAACAACAACCUGCCCCGCAUACCCCGCCCUCGCCCCCCCCUGCGCCUAGUGCCAACACAUAUAUUUACAACGUCUUGUAAUCAACACUUCACUUCACUUUACUGUAGUGACCCUUGACCUUCGAAACAAAGAAUUAGUACUGUAUGAAUGGAAGAAAUAACGGGUUUUAUUAAAUCCAUUGUAAAACCAACACUAGAAUUGACGCCAGUUUUUAGAAGAAAACAACGGUCAACUAAUCACAGGACCAACACUAUUUAGAUCUGGGUGCUUAGCGCCUACCCACCCUCCCCCGAGUCAAUGACCCUGACUGUUAGCUGUGACGGCGCGUUCUGAUCGUUGCCAUGGAGACAUUUCAGUUGACUUUAGUUCCGGUUGUGUUUUCCUGCGAUCUCUAAUUGGUCAUGCCCGCAGCGAGAGGUAUUUAGAAUAACUGAUCUAAUUACAAGCAUACCCAGCGAUCCUGGCUCCUAAUUUGGUAUCGACUCAUGUCCAUCGGCUUUACUGAAACUGUUGUUAAAAUUUGCCAUCAACACACUUUGUUCAAUCACACUUUGUUCAAUCACACUUUGUUCAAUCACACUUUGUUCAAUCACACUUUGUUCAAUCACACUUUGUUCAAUCACACUUUGUUCAAUCACACUUUGUUCAAUCACACUUUUUUCAAUCACACUUUUUUUCAAUCAUACUUUGUUCAAUUACACUUGGUUCAAUCACGCUUGAUUUAUAUACUUUUUUCAAUCUACUUGUUCAAUCAUACUUUUUUUUAAUCACACGUGUUUAAUUACAUUUGGUGAACCAUUAGGGUUCUAUCACGUAUAGACUGAACAAAACAAUACCACACAAGCCAAAUCUUAGACACCCUCUAGUGUCACCCUCUAGUGUCACCCUCUAGUGUCACCCUCUAGUGUCACCCUCUAGUGUCACCCUCUAGUGUCACCCUCUAGUGUCACCCUCUAGUGUCACCCUCUAGUGUCACCCUCUAGUGACACCCUCUAGUGUCACCCUCUAGUGACACCCUCUAGUGACACCCUCUAGUGUUUGUAAUAUUAACCAGUCUGCAUCUUGGUUUCUUUGUCCCGCUCAUCUGGAAAAAAAACACGUCCUCAUUUGUCACCAAGACCCCCUUACACCCCAAUAUGUCCCUUCCCCUCUCCCACCCCUGUCAUUUGUAUUUUAACGAUAAUUGAUUCACCACCCACCCCCUUUUUGUGUGCCCAACACUCCUCCCUUCUCUGUCAGUCGUCACUUGGUUCAUCCAACAUUGCACUCAGAUUAACGGAAUUUUCCCUUCCUCCUCUUCCCCCCACCCGCCCACAAAGCAAAGUGCUUUUUUUAAAAGUCCAUUAAAGCAUAAGCCCAGUCUCCAUGAAAGCAUAGCUCUGCCUCCAUGAAAGCAUAGCCCUGUCUCCAGGAAAGCAUGGCCCUGUCUCCAUGAAAGCAUGGCCCUGUCUCCAUGAAAGCAUAGCCCCGUCUCCUUGAAAGCAUAGUCCUGUCUCCAUGAAAGCAUAGCUGUCUCCAUGAAAGCAUAGCCCCGUCUCCUGGAAAGCAUAGCCCUGUCUCCAUGAAAGCAUAGCCCUGUCUCCAUGAAAGCAUACCUUUGUCUCCAUGAAAGCAUACCCCUGUCCCCAUGAAAGCAUAGCCCUGUCCCCAUGAAAACAUACCCCUGUCCCCAUAAUAGCCUACAUCUGUCCCAAUGAAAGCAUACCUUUGUCUCCAUGAAAGCAGACCCCCCCCCCUAAUGGUAAUAUCCCCGCUUAUUUCUCUUUUUAGCACUCAUGGGUCUAUUAUAAUGGUAAAAUGAAAGUAUUUGAAAACAACAUCCCUUCUUCAUAUAUUGUCUGGACGACAAAAAAAGAUUUCGCUGAACAGGUGCUUAGUCCUUCGUACUACUGCUCCCUACUCCUGUCAAACUACUGCUUUAUAUAUCUUAGUGUUUCAUACCCAUAGUGACUGCAAAUUACCGGGUAUUUAGAUCCUUUCAAAAUUAUUUACGUCUUGCGUUCGUCUUUCUAGAAAUGCUCUUUCCAUCCCUUUGUAUGAAUGUGCCACUGCAUACCCCUCUCCCAUGACUCCACACAAGCGUCCCUGGCACCCAACAGUUUUAUUGAUUGAUCGAGUGAGUGCCGUCGCUCUACUGGUGUCUUUAUUCCCCUUCCUUUUUGUCUGUGCCCCCCAGUUAUUGGUCAGUCCACGGCGUAACAAGUUUUGGCGUCCACUCUCCCUGUUGUCAUGUGCGGAUGCGUCUUUGUUAAGAACCUUAGUAAAACGUGUUGGCUUCCAUUGACAUUAAGUUGUAAUCUCAAAAACAGUUUCUAUUCACUCACCGAGUCGUUCAUCGUUCGUUGGACACAAUGCGUUGCUAUUGGUGUUUACAUACAUCUAUUAUUAACUACAGAGAAAUGUCCAGUAAAUAAGUUAUUUUCCGGACUGUGUUGCGUGCUCAUAGCAUAGUAAAUCUGGUGUGCAGUGAAAAUGCGAUGGACACUUCUUCCUGAAGUAAGCAGGCUUGCAUCAUGCCGUGAUCUUAGUCAGAUGUUAAUUCACUGUGGUCAUCAAUACAUCAUUGUUUUGGACCUGCUAUUAUCUAUAUUUAUUAUCGGGUUGUGCUUGAACCGAUCUGAUGUGUCGUACAGUUAUGUGCACAAAGAUUGGCCUCAAGUUGUCUAGUUUGAAAAAAAGUUGUCUAGAUUGAAAAAAAGUGGGCAUCUCCACCGAGCCUAUCAUCGUGGUAUAUUUUAGUGGUUAGUUGCCUACUGCCUUACCUAUAUACACACAUAUAUAUAUACUUACUAACACGAUCUUUUCAUAAUAUAGCAGGUUACUUGCGGUGAAAUCUAACAGACUACUUAAUGCUGGUGUCAUUCUGUCGGUGUUCCGUCCAAGAACUGUGCUCAUUAAACACCGAUUGGUGUAAAUCUCAUUAGAUUGGUGUUACUAACAUCUAUAAUUUUUGACUUGACUGUUCACAUUUGACUAACCAUUAGAAGAUGUGGACUUGUUUGGCCAAGCCACUUAAACACUUCCAUCCUUUGUUGUUUCCAGAUGACUCCAUCCCCAGAACUCCACGAGUCAAGUGAGUAGUCCAUUUAUUAUCUCGUUAUCUACGUUCAUCUGUUUAUGUUUGCAUCGUUUGUAAUAAUGUGUUCAACUGUCAUUUGAGUGAUUUUUGAAUGUCAAACGACUGUGCGCAAAUUUCAAUAGCGUAAUUCUGAGAGGAGCUAGUCAUGUAUGUUGUCUAAUCACCCGUCAUAUGAAUACACUCACCAUUAUCGCCAAUGUGUAAUAUCACCCCAGCCCACCUCCCAUAUCUCCACAUUCACCGCCAUCAUAGUCACCAUGUAAUAACUCCAUCCCAGCCCACCCUCAUAUUUCCACAUUUACCUCCAGUAAUACCGCUAGAAGUAAAGCUUAUAGUGUAAAAUUUGGGCUAGAAUAGACAGCCGUUAAGUAUAAAGGAUUCCUUCAAUACCGAAAGAAAACAUAUCUGAUAAGACUAUAAAAUUUCUCAGGGUCAUAGGUAUGCAAUUUUACUGAUAUACUUUUGUGACGGUAAAUUAUCAUUUACUUCAAAAUUUCAUUGUAUUUCAUGAUAAUUUAACGAUGAGCGAGGCUUGAGAACUGGGGCACUUAAUUAAUUAUUGCCGUUGAACUAAAAUAUAUGUAAUUAUGUAGUCAUCUAAAAAUAGACAGUGUCCAUGUUAUUUGAAGGGGAAUGGUUAAAAUUAGUUAACAUCAGACAUACCCAAUAAAGAUGAAAACAGUUGAGAGAGACAGAGAGAGCUUAAACAAGUGUGAGCAUUAGCCAAUGGGAGUUGCUUGCCGUGUGUGCCGAACAGGUGUUAGACAAUAGCACUCACAUGUCAAGGUCAGCUGUCUAGGCUUGCUUGGCAGUGUGUGCGGCAGUCCAAUAUUAGCCCAGCAAACAUUGCCAGCCACCUCAGGCACAGCGACACUAAUCAUUGGGCUCCCACUUAGUCCAUCCUAACAUUCAAAGUCAUUCCCUAGGUUUGGCUACCACCUCCUAUAAUCAUUCCCUAAUGUUGUAUAUCACCUCCUGUAGUCAUUCCCUAAUGUUGUCUAUCACAUCAUAAAGUCAUUCCCUAAUGUUGUCUAUCACCUCCUAUAGUCAAUCCCAAGUGUUGUCUAUCACCUCAUAUAGGCAUUCCCUAAUGUUGUCUAUCACCUCCUAUAGUCAAUCCCAAGUGUUGUCUAUCACCUCAUAUAGGCAUUCCCUACUGUUGUAUAUCACAUCAUAUAGUCAUUCCCUAAUGUUGUCUAUCACCUCAUAUAGGCAUUCCCUUGUGCAAACAAUAAAAUAGAAAGAUUGGGUAAUGUUUCCCGAUUCCCAUAACAUGCAGCACACGUAAAAAGUAUUUCUAGUACAUGCAGCGCAUUGUAAUUAUUUCCUUAGAACAUGCAGCAUAUGUAAGGAUAUUUCUAGAACAUGCAGAACACGUAAACGGUGUUCCUAGAACAUGCAGCACGCAUGAAGGAAAUUCCUAGAACAUGCAGCACACAUUAGAGUAUUCCAAGAGCAUGCAGCACAUGAAGGGUAAUCAUAGAGCAUUCGACAUACACAGGUUUCUUUUUAGAACUCUCAAAAGUUAGAAUAUUUUUAGAACGUGGUUAUUCUUUGGCACAAUUGUCAAGCCCAAGGACAUCAAAAAUAUUAAAUAAUAACAUUUUAAACGACCAUCUGAAUUACCAGCACUUCAUGACCCCGUCAUACGUCACAACUGAGCCAAAGUUGAGAACUUAAUGUUUCUCGUAGUUUAAUUAAUAGACAAGAGUAUUAUUUGCCUUAUGGUUGUGCCAUAGGUGACUGUCAAAUCAAAAGACUAUUUUAAUUUUAACAACAUUUAUGGUCAUACGUUGACAAUGUAGUUUAUUGAAGGAGUAUAAUUAUGUAUCCAACUCAAUGCUUGCAUCCAUCUUGAAUUACUGACCUCGGUCACCAAGCGGUCACCAAGCGUCCCCUCUUUCAGUUUUCACAUGUCAAGAGAUUUCUCAAUGCAAUUUUAGCACAUGCCCCCCUCCUCUCUACUACACAAUUCUUUCACCCCCCCCCCCAAACACCCCAGCUAUUAGAGGAACAAGACUGUCCUUCUCUCCUCAUACACCCCAACUUUGAACUUCCGGUCGCUCGUUAGAUCGAUUUCCUGACGAGUUCAUUUUAUUUACCGCGGCCUCAAGCCGCAUGGCAAUGUUGAUAGUGCUUUGUUUCAUUGGCACAGACCUAAUGGCAGUGUCGAUAGUGCUUUGUUCCAGUGGCACAAACCCUAGAGCAAUGUUGACCGACCCAGUCUAACUCCCAUCCUGACCUACCCAUCCUGACCCACCCAUUCUCACUCCCGACCUGACCCACCAAGUCUCACCCGCUUCCCGUCCUAACUCACCCAGCCUCACUCCCGCCCGUGCCCACCAAGUCUCACUCCCGACCUGGCCAACCAAGUCUCACUCCCGACCUGGCCCACCAAGUCUCACCACAUUCCUGUCCUAACCCACCGCCUCACUCCCGUUUUGGCCCACAAAAUCUCACUCCUGACCUGGCCCACCAAGUCUCACCCAUUUCCGUCCUUACCCACCCAGUCGCAUUCCUUUCCUGGCCCCCCCAGCCCCCCCCCCAAUUCUGACCCAUCAAUUCUCACUCCUUUCCUGACUCACCAAGUCUCACUCCACUCCCAUCCUGACCCAUCCAGUUUCACUCCCGUCCUGACCCAUCCAGUCACACUCCCAUCCUUACUGACCCAGUCACACUCCCGUCCUGACACACCAAGUCUCAUCCCCACUCCCAUCCUAACCCACCCAAUCCCACUCCUGUCCUGACCCAUCCUGUCCCACUCCCGUCCUGAACCGCCCAAUCUCACUCCCUUAUUGAACCACCCAAUCUCACUCCCGUCCUGAACCACCCAAUCUCACUCCCGUCCUGACCCAUCCAGUCACACUCCCAUCCUUACUGACCCAGUCACACUCCCGUCCUGACACACCAAGUCUCAUCCCCACUCCCAUCCUAACCCACCCAAUCUCACUCCCGUCCUGAACCACCCAAUCUCACUCCCGUCCUGAACCACCCAAUCUCUCUCCCAUCCUGACCAAGCCAGUCUCACCCCACCUCUUCCGUUCUGACCCACCCAGUGUCACUCCCAACCCAGUCAGUCUCAACCACCCCUUCCGUCCUGACCCACCAAGUCCUUCUGCUAUCCCGACCCACCUAAUCUCACUUCCGCCCUGACCCACCCAGUCUCACCCCCACUUCCGUCCUGACCAAGCCAGUCUCACCCCACUCCCGUCCUGACCCACCCAGUCCCACUCCCGUCCUGACCCACCCAAUCACACUCCCGCCCUGACCCACCCAGUCUGACUCCCACUCCCGUCCUGACCAAGCCAGUCUCACCCCACCACUCCUGUCCUGACCCACCAAGUUUCGGUCACGCACACUGUCAUUGCCGACCAUAGUCAAUUGAUGUCUUACUCACGGACACACAGGGCCUUAGAGGAUACAAUAAAUUCUGAACGCUGAUAUGCAUAGAGAUGAACUAUUAAUCACGUGUAGGGGAAUUUUACAUUGGACUGUUCCGAAACGCCUAUUUACAUCAAAUGCCAAAUGGGUUGAUUUUGGUUUUAAAAAUUCUUCUAUCCGAUAAUUGUGGGAAGGAAGGAUGCUCUUUGCUGGGGAAUAUUGUAUCCCAAAUACUAUGCUAGCUAAAGAUAUUGCGAGAGAAGAAACUUGUAUCCCAAAAACUAUGUUAUCUAAAUAAAUUGUUAGAGGAGAAACUUGUACCCCAAAAACUAAGCUAGCUAAAGACAUUGUGAGAGAAGAAACUUGUAUCCCAAAAACUAAGGUAGCUAAAGACAUUGUGAGAGAAGAAACUUGUAUCCCAAAAACUAUGCUAGCUAAAGACAUUGUGAGAGAAGAAACUUGUAUCCCAAAAACUAAGCUAGCUAAAGACAUUGUGAGAGAAGAAACUUGUAUCCCAAAAACUAUGUUAUCUAAAUAAAUUGUUAGAGGAGAAACUUGUACCCCAAAAACUAAGCUAGCUAAAGACAUUGUGAGAGAAGAAACUUGUAACACAAAAACUAAGCUAGCUAAAGACAUUGUGAGAGAAGAAACUUGUAACACAAAAACUAAGCUAGCUAAAGACAUUGUGAGAGAAGAAACUUGUAUCCCAAAUACUAUGCUAGCUAAAGAUAUUGCGAGAGAAGAAACUUGUAACACAAAAACUAAGCUAGCUAAAGACAUUGUGAGAUAAGAAACUUGUAACACAAAAACUAUGGUAGCUAAAGAUAUUGCGAGAGAAGAAACUUGUAACACAAAAACUAAGCUAGCUAAAGACAUUGUGAGAGAAGAAACUUGUAACACAAAAACUAUGGUAGCUAAAGACAUUGUGAGAGAAGAAACUUGUAUCCCAAAUACUAUGCUAGCUAAAGAUAUUGCGAGAGAAGAAACUUGUAACACAAAAACUAAGCUAGCUAAAGAUAUUGCGAGAGAAGAAACUUGUAACGCAAAAACUAUGGUAGCUAAAGACAUUGUGAGAGAAGAAACUUGUAUCCCAAAUACUAUGCUAGCUAAAGAUAUUGCGAGAGAAGAAACUUGUAACACAAAAACUAAGCUAGCUAAAGACAUUGUGAGAGAAGAAACUUGUACCCCAAAAACUAAGCUAGCUAAAGACAUUGUGAGAGAAGAAACUUGUAACCCAAAAACUAAGCUAGCUAAAGACAUUGUGAGAGAAGAAACUUGUAACACAAAAACUAAGGUAGCUAAAGACAUUGUGAGAGAAGAAACUUGUACCCCAAAAACUAAGCUAGCUAAAGACAUUGUGAGAGAAGAAACUUGUACCCCAAAAACUAAGCUAGCUAAAGACAUUGUGAGAGAAGAAACUUGUACCCCAAAAACUAAGCUAGCUAAAGACAUUGUGAGAGAAGAAACUUGUACCCCAAAAACUAAGCUAGCUAAAGACAUUGUGAGAGAAGAAACUUGUACCCCAAAAACUAAGCUAGCUAAAGACAUUGUGAGAGAAGAAACUUGUACCCCAAAAACUAAGCUAGCUAAAGACAUUGUGAGAGAAGAAACUUGUACCCCAAAAACUAAGCUAGCUAAAGACAUUGUGAGAGAAGAAACUUGUACCCCAAAAACUAAGCUAGCUAAAGACAUUGUGAGAGAAGAAACUUGUACCCCAAAAACUAAGCUAGCUAAAGACAUUGUGAGAGAAGAAACUUGUACCCCAAAAACUAAGCUAGCUAAAGACAUUGUGAGAGAAGAAACUUGUACCCCAAAAACUAAGCUAGCUAAAGACAUUGUGAGAGAAGAAACUUGUACCCCAAAAACUAAGCUAGCUAAAGACAUUGUGAGAGAAGAAACUUGUACCCCAAAAACUAAGCUAGCUAAAGACAUUGUGAGAGAAGAAACUUGUACCCCAAAAACUAAGCUAGCUAAAGACAUUGUGAGAGAAGAAACUUGUACCCCAAAAACUAAGCUAGCUAAAGACAUUGUGAGAGAAGAAACUUGUACCCCAAAAACUAAGCUAGCUAAAGACAUUGUGAGAGAAGAAACUUGUACCCCAAAAACUAAGCUAGCUAAAGACAUUGUGAGAGAAGAAACUUGUAACACAAAAACUAAGCUAGCUAAAGACAUUGUGAGAGAAGAAACUUGUAACACAAAAACUAAGCUAGCUAAAGACAUUGUGAGAGAAGAAACUUGUAUCCCAAAUACUAUGCUAGCUAAAGAUAUUGCGAGAGAAGAAACUUGUAACACAAAAACUAAGCUAGCUAAAGACAUUGUGAGAUAAGAAACUUGUAACACAAAAACUAUGGUAGCUAAAGAUAUUGCGAGAGAAGAAACUUGUAACACAAAAACUAAGCUAGCUAAAGACAUUGUGAGAGAAGAAACUUGUAACACAAAAACUAUGGUAGCUAAAGAUAUUGCGAGAGAAGAAACUUGUAACACAAAAACUAAGCUAGCUAAAGACAUUGUGAGAGAAGAAACUUGUAACACAAAAACUAUGGUAGCUAAAGACAUUGUGAGAGAAGAAACUUGUAUCCCAAAUACUAUGCUAGCUAAAGAUAUUGCGAGAGAAGAAACUUGUAACACAAAAACUAAGCUAGCUAAAGAUAUUGCGAGAGAAGAAACUUGUAACGCAAAAACUAUGGUAGCUAAAGACAUUGUGAGAGAAGAAACUUGUAUCCCAAAUACUAUGCUAGCUAAAGAUAUUGCGAGAGAAGAAACUUGUAACACAAAAACUAAGCUAGCUAAAGACAUUGUGAGAUAAGAAACUUGUAACACAAAAACUAUGGUAGCUAAAGAUAUUGCGAGAGAAGAAACUUGUAACACAAAAACUAUGGUAGCUAAAGACAUUGUGAGAGAAGAAACUUGUACCCCAAAAACUAAGCUAGCUAAAGACAUUGUGAGAGAAGAAACUUGUAACACAAAAUCUAUGGUAGCUACCAGGGAAAAUCAUUGUGAGAGAAGAAAUGUUGGUUCUUAAAGAAUUUCAGCAUUAAGGAAAAGGUCAGUUAGGAAAAUGAGAGUGGUUUUUAAAAAAAUGGGUGGUGGGUAUUAUAUGUUUAUCUGCAUUGUUUCUUUUUGUGAUGAUAUCCUAUUUUCUUUUACAUCACAAGACACCACUGAAGUGCUUUUUGCUAAAAGAAAGGGGGUUGAGGUACUUGUUGCUAAAAGAAAGGUGGUUGAGUUUCUUGAUGCUAAAGGAAAGUGGGUUUGUUGCAAAUAAUAAGGGCCCAAAAGUAAUUGUAUGAGAGUGAUUUACUAUGUGCACAAGUGACCAAAUGUUUACAGCCUCCUCUCUGGUGGUCAGAAAACAUUUGCAUUGGAAAUGGAAGGAAAGAGGCAUUGGGGUCGGUGAAUAUUCUGACAUUUCCAUAGCACCUCCCCCACAACUCUAUCCACACCACCCUCACCCCAGUCAUCUUUAAUUCAGAUAGAAAAAAAGAGAGAGAGAGAAUUUUAUACCUCUUCACAAUCACAAGCACACACAGACACCACCUCUUCCCACCCCAAAAACUUAUUUUCCUUCCCCCAAACAUCACAUACAAAUUCAGCUACACCCCUCAAACUCCCACAUUACCCCCACCCCACGGCUAAAGUAUCUUAAUAUCAAAUCUUUCAAAAAGACUUCCCUUCCCUUGACACCCACCUCUCUCCCCAAUAUCACAGAGGACCCCUACCCCAAGGCAAUCAGCAUGUGAGUCACUCCUUUUAUUAUUGUUAAUUCAUUGAACCAAGCUUUAACCAAACGUUUUAUUCCAGGCACACCAUCCCAUAACACACUCGUGGGGGUAGGGGGGUGGGGGGGGAGGAGAAUGUAAUGGGAGAUAUUCACUGAUAAACUGAACAGCUUAAAUUAUUUGUUUAAAUUGAGUUAUCUCCCAUCACUUGGUACUUGUAAUGUUUCCACUUAAUUUAUUUCUAAAUGUAAAACCUUGGCAUAAGUUUUUUUACCAACUAAAGUUUUCUAUUAAAUGAAACUUACAUAAUUCAAAUACAAAAUAGGGGACAAAACCCUUACAUUGGCUCAGGGGAAAACUCUUCUGUCUUUUUGUGUUCAUUUUUACAGGGAUUUAUAACCCUACUUGUCAUCAAAUAUUUAUUUUGUUGUUUUUACAAAUUUUCUUUCUCAUUUUUCUGCAUCUGGUAAUUACUAUGUUUGUUAUUACAUGGCUUCACUAGGACAAUAUAGUUAGACACCAUUUUUGAAUUUCAUAUAUAUGUCCAUGCUUAUAUUAUAGGCAUAAGUAACAUAUAUAUUAUAGGGUUAAGUAACAUAUAUAUUAUAGGGUUAAGUAACAUAUAUAUUAUAGGCAUAAGUAACAUAAUAUCUAUUAUAGGCAUAAGUAACAUAUAUAUUAAAGGCAUAAGUAACAUAUAUAUUAUAGGCAUAAGUAGCAUAUAUAUUAUAGGCAUAAGUAACACUCACUUAAAAAACUUGUUUUGUUCCCCAGCUACCCAAGGGUUGGUGGAGGGAGAACAGAGGAUGUGUUUUCUGGCAAUGAAAGUAUGUUGUUGUACUAUAUUGAUUGGUUCACUAGUUUAAGGGAGUUCCCCAUGGUUUCUUUCUUUGUCUGGCAUUCAUUUUUCUAUUUAUAGUUCUGCUAGGUUGGCCAGAUUUUAACAAUCUGAAUAUUCUCAGUUUCAAGUAACAUUUAAAUUUUCCCAGGGGACAUAUAAGAUAAAGAUUUAUAAAAAAGAGAUAAAAUUAACAAUUAUGUGUAAGUUAACGUUUAAACAUAAUUUUUUUCUUCUUAAAUCCACAAAAAUUAUGAAAUUUACAUGACUUAAUUGGUUAGUUUCUUCCAUGACUUUUAUCUAUAUACCAUUAGCAUAGCAAUACACAUAUUUAUAUUCCCUCUUUCUUUGUAUUAAAAUUACAUUCUGAUGAAGAAUGCAUGUAAAAAAAAAAAAUAGUAAGGCUCUAUGUAAAAGUAUGAUGCAGAUUUUACUAACUCUUUAAUAAAUCACAUUACCAUGUUUUAAAAGCCAGAUAACAUGGAAUAGAAAUAUUUAGGAUUCUAACUUGGCAACUGGCUGAUAAAAUCUAUACAAGUUCUAAUUAUUUAAUAGUGUUUUUAUUAUUGAAUUUUUGCUUUGUUGAAGAGUUUGAAAGCAUCGUGGUACUAGAUGCCUUUUCUUCUCGGUUUAUUUGUUUACACAUUUUAAAUAAUUUUUUUAAAUAGUACAUCUUAAGCACAUCUUUUAAAUCUUGAAGCACAAUUAAGAGCAUUGUCGAUAUUCGUCUAAGGGGCAAUGAAAACAACUAGAAAUAUCUGUUGACCAGACAUUUCUUUUAGAUUUGGUUCCAGUCCUAAAGCAGCUGGUCAUUGCUUGUCUUUGUGCUUUUUGAAAUAUUACCUUGAAAUAAUCCAAGACAGUUAACUCAUUCAUACUUAUUUAGCAAGCUGAUUGUAUAUAACAAUUAAGCUUUUUAUUUCUUCAAAUAAUCUGUGAUCAAACUGCCCAAAAGAUAAAUCUAUGCACUAGCAGGGCGUUUCUUUCCUGUUUAUGAAGACUUCUUAUUUUUUUUAUUUUUUUUUUGUAAUAUCAAUAAUGUUACAUUUCUGCCUCUUACAACUUACGCCCCAUUCCUUUUAAGCAUCGUUUUAGUGCAGUGACUAACUUAGGCAAAGUCUUUGCUCUUUCCUACUAUGAAACCAAAUAUUUCCACCACUGGCAUGAAACAUGCUGCUGUAAUGUAAUACCUUGUCUAUACUCCCAAUAAUCUCAUUUGUUCCCCACUUCACUGCACUUUGCCUGUUGCCCUUUUGCUUGCCCAUGAUAAAAAAACUUUUCUCUGCUUCUCUGUGACUUUUGAAUGGCAGGGAUAUCGGACUAUGCUGAAAUUGUGGAGGAAGAAGAUGACUAUAGCACCCCAGAUGGUAAGAUAUUCACACUAUUCUUAAGUAUUUUAAUCACCUUUAUCCCUACACUUUUUUUAAUGUAUAUUUUUGAGUGAUUACUUGACCCGCUUUUUUAAAAGACAAGGAAAAAAUCCAAAAACAAUUAACUUUAAUAGACAAGUAUUUGAAUUUGGAAUGAUUGUUAUUUUUUUAUAUACCAACUAACAAGAGUUUAAGAUUUGUCUUUCCUAGAAGUUUUGAGAGGUGCCUUUAGUUUUUUUUUUUUUUUACUGCACAAUGGGAAUACCCUGAUUGCACAAUUAGAAUAUCCUUAUUCAACAGUAAAACAUUUAAAUGCAAAUAUUCCCAAAAUAAUAAGAUGAGAAGCUGAUUGUUGUAUAAGAUAGUUGAUAUUUCAUAUUAUUUAUGAAGCUAUAUUUUGGUAUGUCAGAUAAUCAACAUAGUGUAACACAAAGAAAACCUAUAAGCUACUUAUAACCACUAUAGACUAUAUGAAGCCACCAUAAAAGAAAAAAAGUUUCUUUCAAUUUAACAAAGACAUGAAUAACAGCAUGCAUGAUUCUACCUUUUGAUUUCCAAACUAAUAUUUUUGUUUUAUUGAGGAUGUUGGUCAUUUUAAAAUGAAUAAAAAUGGUUGAAUUUACAAUAUUUAUUGAAAUGAGUUAUUAUUUUUUUUUUUUUGUUGCACUCUUAUUAUUCAGGAUUUUAAAAAGAUGGUUACAUUUUAUUGAAAUUGAAAUUCACAUAAAAAUCUAGUUACUGGCCAUUAAACUACAGCAUUUAUAAAUGGCUCUAGUAGCUUUUAACAUACACAUUCAAGUAAUUUCCUUGUGAUCUUUUGAAUUGAAGAAUAUACAAAUAAACAUAGCAAACAAAUACACAUUUAAAUGAAAUACCCAUUUCACUGGUGAAAAAAAGACUUACUGGACCGAUGUAUAAAUAGACUGACUUGGCUGGUGUAUAAAUAGACUUACAUCACUUGUGUAUAAAUAGACUUACAUCACUUGUGUAUAAAUAGACUUACUUUGACUGGUGUGUCAAUAGACUUGCUUGACUGGUGUAUAGACUUACAUUGACUGGUGUAAAAAUAGACUUUCUUGACUUGUGGAAAAUAGACUUCAUUGACUGUGUCUCAUUAAACAAAAAUCACUGGAGCAUCAAUGGACUUAAUUGACUGGCAUGUCAAUAGACUUACUGGACUGGUUUGUCAUUAGACUUACUGUACUUUAAAUAGACUUUUUUUUUUUUUUACUUACUGGACUGGUUUGUCAAUAAACUUUCUUGACUUGUGUAUCAAUGGCUACUGAGGCUUAUGACCUUGGUUCCUUUUAUACUCUCUUUAGGAAAGCCCAAAAAGAGAAGUGUUCGCAAAAAGAGUAAGUUGUUCUGGACUGAGGGUAGCUCUAACACUUUUCUAUAAUAAAGUAAAUCUAGGAAUUUGAUCGUUUGCUACUCUAAUGUAGCAUGCCAUGAUUAUCAUCCUGACCCUUACUGUCGUGUACAUACGACAACUUGGCAUGCCAUGAUCCUCUCGAUACAAUGAGACUGCCGCAUGACACUCCAUGGCACAGUUUCCUAACUUUGAUUGCAAUUAUUUCUGUCUUUUCUUUUCACUGUACUGGACAACUAUGUGUUUGCAAUUGUGCAUUUUCUCCCAUGGUGCCUGUUAUUGCCACUUGCAAAACUGCAGUGGAAGUUGUUUAUAAAAUAAAGGAAAAACCCAACGGCAUGUUCUCUCUUACACAAGGUACAUAUAGUUAUUGUAUGACUGAACCCAAACCUUGCAUCUAUUGAUGACUGUGUAUUGUAUGAAUGAACCCAAACCUUGCAUCUAUCGAUGACUGUGUUGUAGGCUCAUGUCUUGCAAAACAUAUUAAACACUGACAAAUCUUUCAGAUAACGCUUAUUUUUUUAAAACAUUAAUAAUCAUUCUUUGAAAAUUUAUUUUUAUUUAUUUUUUAUUUUUAUUUUCCUGAUAGCAUGAUUAAUAUUAUUGCAUUUUAGAUAGUCACUCACAAACAUAUAUAUAUAGAAUCAUCAUUCAUUCACACAAUACCUCUCUGGUGUCUGUAACAUUCAAACCCACAAUACCAUUGUCUGCACCAUUAAUUCACACAAUGCCUCUAUCUGCAUCAUUCAUUCACACAAACCCUUAAUGGUAUCUUCAUCAUUCAUUCACACAAUACCACUUUUCUGGAGUACAGUAGACAUUUUACUUUCUUAUGAAUCUAGUCCAAAAUAAUUAAUCCAGCACUUAUGGCAGCAGAGGUUUUUUGUUUGGCCAUUCACCUGACAAUAUUUCUCAGCAUUUUAAUUAUCAUUUUAAAUUUUUUUAUUUAUUUAAAUACCUACAUUAUUUAUUUUAAAUACCUGUUACUUAUUUGAAAACGUGUAAUAUGUUUAAAAACAUGUUUUUUUAUUUAAAUACAUGUAUUAUUUUAUUUAAAUACAAUAUGUUAUUUAUUUUAAUACCUGUUAUUUAUUUAUAUGCCUGUGUUACACCUGUGACACUUCAGAGCCCUAGCACUGGUCUAAAGUUUAGAAUAAUUAUUACUAAAGUUCAUUCUACAGUUCAGAUCAGGGGUGGCCAACUUAUGGCCAUUUGGCCACAUGUGGGAGCUGAAAUUUUUACAGCCACACUUAACGUUGUAUAUUAAAGUUAGAUCUCUAGACUAAUAUGCUUUCAUACAGCCCUCUGCUGAAAAGGGAAGCCCUUCCUGGUUUUGAUGAAAUAUUACAGUUAGUCCAAUCCCACAGUUCAGAUAAAAUAUAGUUAGUGCAGCAUACAAUUGGGAUGAAAUAUUCCAGUUAAUCCCACAUACAAUUCAUAUGAAAUAGUACAGUAAGUCCAGAAUAAAAUUCAGAUGAAAUAGUACAGGUUACUCCACUCCUACAGUUCAGAUAAAUUAUUACAGUCACUCUUAGAGUUCAGAUGAAAUAUUAGUUGGUCCACUCCUAAAGUUCAAAUUUGAAAGUUAGCCUUUUUUUUUUACAAACUGCCAUUUUAAAAUAUAGCUGUCUGAGUAAAGGGUAAAUCUUAAUUUACAUUUUUUUUACAUUAAACCUAUUUUCUAUCUAGCAUUAUUCUCACUUUGUAACGUUCAAAUCUUUUCAUAACUGCUUGCUACAUACUAACAUUCACAAAUAAUGCACAAAUCAAUUUCUUGCCUGGGGUUUUAAAUAUAAGUUUGAUAUGAUGCAUUUGUCUAUCAAAGGAAAACUGCCCAUACAUAAUGUACGUCACAUAGUGGAAUUUGUCCCAGUAAAAAAGAAUAAUCAAAUGUCAUUUCCUGGGGGAUGCAUUGGCUUUUGUGAACAUGCCAGUUCCACAUUACCAUAUGAAGGAUUGUGUGAGUUGAUGAGAGAAACUGGAACGAGGGAUAGAGUAUAUAAACAUAUAUAUCAGGAGCCAAACAUAUUUUUAGACAUUUUUUAAAAACUUUUUAGAAAUGAAAUGAUGAUUUUCAGCCACAUACUCAAUUGUUGAGGUCACAUGGCAACUGGACACAUGUAUAAUUCAACUCCUGUUACUUAAGGCCACAAGGCGACUGGACACAUGUAUUAGUCAACUACUGUUACUAAAGGCCACAUGGUAACUGGACACAUGUAUGAGUCACUCCUGUUACUUGAGGCCACAUGGCGACUGGACAUAUGUAUUAGUCAACUCCUGUUACUUGGGGCCACAUGGGAACUGGACACAUGUAUUAGUCAACUACGGUUACUUGAGGCCACAUGGUGACUGGACACAUGUAUUAGUCAACUACGGUUACUUGAGGCCACAUGGCAACUGGACGCAUAUAUUAGUCAACUCCUGUAUAUGAGGCAACGUGACAACUGGACAUAUGUAUUAGUCAACUCCUGUUACUUGGGGCCACAUGGGAACUGGACACAUGUAUUAGUCAACUACUAUUACUUGAGGCCACAUGGCGACUGGACACAUGUGUUAGUCACCUCUAUUUUUUUUUUUUUUACACACAGAAUACUGUAUAGAAUUAGCUUCACACUUUAAUAUUAGAAUGCAUUUUGUGAGGAUGUAUGUUUUGUCUCCUUUUGUAAAAACUGAUGGGUGAUAUGAACAUAAUGUUCUGUUUAAGAGUUGGAAUUUUCAGGUGUAGAGUACUGAGGGGAUGGGUUGUAAAUGCAACAGACAAUUAUUCGAUAGUGGGUUGGGAUACAGGUAUAUAAGUGAAAACACUGCUAAAGGAUGGCUGCCUGGUGUAGCAGCAGUUCCCUAGGAGCUAACAUUGGAGUUUCUCUAUAUUGACCUUAAAUAAAGGCUAUCAAAAUCAAUUUGAAUAUUAAUAUCAUGGGUUUUAUAAAAACAAAUAAUAAUAAAAUAAAAAAUUCACUUUGUCAAAAUGGUCUCCCCUUUUACACCUGGAUUACAUAAAAAAAUCCAAUUGUUUUAACAUAUUAGAAACAGAUAGAACUAAGUUGAUAAAAUGCUAUGUGUUAAUACAGUAAUCAGGUAAUAAACUUAUUUUAAACAUGGUAUUAGAACAAACAUGUUAUUAGAUAAAACUAAGUUGAUAAAAAGCUGUGUGUUAGUACAGUUAUCAAAGAAUUGACUUGUUUUUAAUAUGAUAUUUGAUAGAACAAAUAUGUUAUUAGAUAGAACUAAGUUGAUAAAAGUCUUGUGCUCGUACUGUAAUCAAAGAAUAAUUUUGUUUUAAACAUAAUCUAUGAUAGAACAAAUAUGUUAUUAGAUAGAACUUAGAUGAUAAACUUGCCUUGUCUGAGCACAGCUAUCAAAGACUCCAUUUUACAUUAGUAUGUUUGAAUUUUACUUGCUUUGUUUCUGUAGCUCGAGACUAUGAAAUUCCCAGAGACCACAUUCGUCUGGUGGAGAUACUGGGCGAGGGUCAGUUCGGUGAUGUCUACAAGGGAAUGUAUUUUGAUAAGGUAAGAUAUUUUAACAUAUUUGUGUGGAUGUCUUAGAAAUCUGUUCUCACUGGUUUAUAUGAUCAUAUUGUCUUUGUUUGCAUGGUCAUAUUGUCAAUGUUUGCAUAUCAUAUUGUCUAUGUUUGCAUAAUCAUAUUGUCUAUGUUUGCAUAAUCAUAUUGUCUAUGUUUGCAUGGUUAUAUUGUCUAUGUUUGCAUGGUCAUAUGGUCUGUUUGCAUGAUCAUAUUGUCUAUGUUUGCAUAAUUAUCUUUUCUGUUUGCAUGAUAUAUUGUCUAUGUAUGCAUGGUCAUAUUGUCUAUGUUUGCAUGGUCAUAUUGUCUAUGUUUGCAUGGUCAUAUUGUCUAUGUUUGCGUGGUCAUAUUGUCUAUGUUUGCAUAAUUAUCUUUUCUGUUUGCAUGAUUUUUUCUGUUUCUGUGGUCAUAUCGUCUAUGUUUGUAUGAUUAUAAUGUCUGUUUGAAUGAUUAUAGUAUCUAUGUUUGCAUGAUCAUAUUGAAUAUGUUCGCAUGAUCAUUUUGUUCAUGUUUGCACAAAUAUAUAGUGUAUGUUUGCAUGAUUGUACCGUCUAUUUUUGCAUGAUCAUAUUGUCUAUGUUUGCAUGAUCAUGUUGACUGUUGACUCCAUUAAUUACCAAAUGCUUAUUCUGGAGACUCAAACUAGGAAGCACAUCAAACCUUUAACCUACUUUAACACAUUGACCUAGUUGGGACUGGGUGGUUAAAUAGUUGUGUCUGGGUGGUUCAAUAGUUGGAUUGGGUCACUCAAUAGUUGUGUCGGGUGGUUCAAUGUUGUGUCGAGGAGGUUCAGUAGUUGUGUUGGGUGGUUCAAUAGUUGGGUUGGGUGGUUCAAUAGUUGUUUCUGGUGGUUCAAAGCUGUGUAUGGGUGGUUCAUGGGUGACUGGGUGGCCAAAUGGUCUAAACUGAGCAAACCUCAAGUUGGUGGUCUGGUUUUCAAGUCCAGUCAAAGGCCAGUCAAGCAAAAACAUCACCCUGGGUGGAUGAGACUUUUUAACCUUGGUCGGCAACUCAUCUAAGAGAAGGAAACUCUGAAUUCAAACACGGAGUUGGAGUCCCGUAAGGCGCAAACAAUGACAAUACCUGCAACCGAACCCAUCCCUGGUCGUCUGGACGUAGAGUCUUGCCACUGGAUAUGGUGGGCUCGGACGAGAGAGUGAGGUAGACGCCGCGCAACUCUUCUUCACUUUAAUUAAAGUCAUCCACGCAAGUCAUCAGUCACCAGACGACUCGAUGGUCCUCGUCGAUCCUAGACGGACGAACAGUCAUGGGUGGUUCAAUAGUUGGUAUAAGGUAGUUCCAUCAUAGAGAUUAAGUGGAUCAAUAGUUGUGUGUCUGGGUGGUUCAGUCGUUGGGACUGGGUUGUUCAAAAGUUGUAUUAGGUUGUUCAAUCAUUGUGUCUAGUUAAAAUAAAGUUUCAGAUUGGCAGUGUAAGUUGCAUUAAUGCUUUUAUAUAGUAUAUAUUUGAAUUGAAAUUGAUCACACUUUACAAUAUUUCACCAUAUGAUGCAUCAGUCAACAACUUCUCUGUAAUAUCCUCUAGGAAGGGAUGCAAGUCCCAGUGGCUAUCAAGACAUGCAAGGAAGAUGGAGAAGAAUGCAUGACAGAAAAGUUUUUGGAAGAAGCAUGUAAGUUGAGAAAACCAUUCAUAAUGUCAAGUUUUAAUAGAAUAAGUUAGUUCAAAUUUUCUUAUUCUAUUUUGUUGUUAGUCUUGAUCAAGGCUUCUAGCCCAGAUGAUUGUCCUGUUUUUGCCUUUCAAGCUUUUAUCAAUCUUUUCCUCUAUUUCAUAAGAAAAUAAACAAAAGAAUCUCAUUCCUCAAUAUAAAAAUGGACCUUUUUCUAUCACUCAUACAUGAUCAUAAAAAGUUUGUCUAAUUUUCUCUUCAAAGCUAACCCUCAAAACGUGUCUCAUCAGCACAACUAUAAGAAGCUAAUAAACUUUCCUCAGCGUUUUCGCUGCAUAACAUUAAAUGCUAAGCUAUAUUAUACAUGACUGUCCUCCGUACUUGAAGUGGUUAAAGUUAAAUGUGUUAAAUGCUAAUCUCUGUCCACUUGCAGAUAUCAUGUAACAGUUUGACUAAUCUCUGUCCACUUGCAGAUAUCAUGUAACAGUUUGACUAAUCUCUGUCCACUUGCAGAUAUCAUGCAACAAUUUGAUCACCCACACAUUAUCAAGUUGAUUGGAAUCUGCUCAGACACUGCUCCUGUAUGGAUAGUCAUGGAGUUGGCCAAGCAUGGAGAGGUAUGCUUAUUAAGCCAAUAAAAGUUUUAGAUAAUUUGAUGAAUGCUGAAAUAUCAUUCUUUGACUAUGUGGUGCUCAUAUACGUUCAUUGUUGUGCUGUUAUUUAUUUAUAGUGUUUCCAUUUCUCUUCUGACCCAUCAGAUGCGAGCAUACUUACAGAACAAUGAGCAAAGGUUGGAUCUGGUUAUGUUGAUUCUCUACUCUUAUCAACUCAGUACAGCUUUGUCUUAUUUAGAGAGCAAGAAAUUUGUACACAGGUAAAUUAUAAAUAUACAUAAAUAGUUUUUUUCUAAAAUGGAUAAAACUAAAAUCUUGUGUAAAGUCAUACUUGUGUAUAAUAUAUAUUUAUGAUUUUACAUGAAAUGUUCACAUAAUUAUGUUUAAUAGUUUAUGUUCAUAUAAGCAUAUGCAAUAGUCCAUGUUCACAUAAGCAUAUGCAAUAGUCCAUGUUCACAUUAGCAGAACUGCUUACUCUUACAAUUUUGGCAUACAAUGUACAUUUUUUAGAUGUCUUUUACAAUUUUUAGAGACUGGGUUGAAAAAAUAUACAUUCUGGUAGUUUCUCCAAUUAAAAAAUAAUAAUUAAAAAGUACAUUUUCAGUCGUUAGUUAUAAUUUGCAUUCUACAUCCUGCAUUGAAUGGAUCAAGAAAAAAGAUUGGUUGAGGACCAUCUAUAAUAACAUUACAUUAAUCCUGAGAGUGUGGAGUGAUGUUGAUUUAAGAGAUUUUUGUGUACAGGAUGUGUGGGGGGGGUAUUUUAGUUUUUUUAAUUAACACCGCCACAUAGUCAUAUUGUUUCUUUGUGUUUUCAUAAUAUUAGUGUGUGGCCCUAGUAACAAUUUUAGUAAUCUUUGGCCAUCUAUAUAGGAUGUAUGCACUGAGGGGGGGCUGUUGAUAUUUUAGAUUUUGCGUACAGGUGCAUAUGUGUAUUGGGGGUCCCUUCAGAAUGCAUGUAGGUUAUUCAAAAAAUUCUACAAAAUUCAUAUUGAAGCUCUGAAAGUAAACAAAUUGGCAUAAUUAUAACUUGAAUAAUGUACAAAAAAAAAUUAUUUAAAAAAAUAUGCAAUGAUGUGAACGAAUUCUAAAAUUUUCUUUUCCCACUGCCUAUGCCAAAUUCAGGUUGUCGCCAGUCUGCCUGUGUUAAAUUCUAACAUGUACACUUCAAAAUAUAAAAUGCAUACAAAAUAAAAUAACGGAUGUGUAAAAGAAAUAUAACAUGUAUGUAGGUCACUAAGCACCAUCCUAUAACUUCUUCUAUAUCUAUUGGCAACUCUGACAUCACACUCUCUUCCUCUGUCAGAAACCUUGGAGUCACGCUUACAGACACACUCUCCAUGGACAAACAUGUCACGAAUAUAUGUAGAUCAGCAUAUAACGAAAUUAGAAAAAUCAGCACCAUAAGCCACCUCCUCUCCUUUGAUGCCACAAAAACUCUAGUCUCUUCACUCAUUCUUUCAAAAUUUGACUACUGUAACACUCUUCUCGCAGGCAUUCCUCAACACCACAUAGACAAACUUCAGAAGGCACAUAACUCAGCAUGCAGACUCAUUUUUAAAUCAAAGAAACAUGACCACAUUCAACCACACAUGCGGCAACUCCACUGGCUUCCAAUAUCCUCACGCAUCAAGUACAAGUCUGCCAAUCUAUGCUUCAACUUCUUCUUCUUCUAUAUCUUAAGGGCCCACGAUCAAUUUAUUGAUCAUUUUGGCUCCUAUGCAUGUAGAUGGGAUUAGCAAUGUUUCUGUUACUGGUGUUGAUGAGGAAAUCAAGCACUAGGGGUUUGAAGGCUUGAGACAAUAGACACAAAUGUGUCUAGUGUUGUCGCCUCAACCAUUCACUGACCCUCACUUUCCUGUCUAUCUCUCUGAAAAGUGGCUUUCUUAUAUCACCACAAUACAACUACGCUCUUCCAUUGACAAUAGAAUCCUCUCAAUCCCAAGAACCAAAACUAAGACCAUCGGUGAACGCUCCUUCUACUUCCAUGGGCCCACGUUCUGGAACCAGCUCCCCUUCCAUAUCCGUCAUUGUGAAACCUUGUCCACUGUUAAAAAGUCCCUUAAAACCCAUCUGUUUAGGUCCGCCUAUGACCUGUGAUGCACCCUCCUUGCUCUGCCUCAUUUUCUGCCUCGGGUUGAUCCUGUAAUAUAGGCCAAAACGUGCCAAAAUGUCCUCGUUUUAGAGCCAUUUUAAUUGUUUCUAUAGUAUAGUAGUUACCAUCCUAGUGUCUCAUUUUUAUUUUACUUAGUUUACAUGUUUUUAAUAAUUGUAAAGCGCUUAGAGCUUUAAGGUAAGCGCUAUAUAAAAAAUGCCUAAAUAAAUAACUGCAAACAGUAGUUACUCAAGUGGGUUACUGUUUGCAUCACACCGCUAGAUGUCACACUGGAUUUAAAGUGGAAACAAAAUCAAGAAAAUUUUGUAAUAUUUUGCAAAGCCCAUGUGAGGAAGCCGCAGCAGCCCACAUAGAAAAAUGUCUCUGCGCCCCUGAGACUAGUGCAGUGCUGUCCAGCCCGUAGCCGCUCCUCCCUUCCCCCUUUCCCAUAAAAGGAUGAUUUUAGUGCCCCUUGUCUUUGUGAACAUGGACUAUUGCUUGUGUUUAUGUUGACAUGGACAAUUGGUUGUGUUUAUAUGGACAUUCUAUGGACAAUCUAUUCCUUGCUGGCUGUUGGGGAAGCUUUCAAUCUAUUCUUUGCUGGCUGUUGGGGAAGCUUUCAAUCUAUUAUUCUUUGUUGGCUGUUGGGGGAAAGUUCUAAUUUAUUUCUUUUGUCUGAUUCUAAUCUCAGGGAUAUUGCUGCCAGGAAUGUUCUGGUGUCUUCCCAUGACAUUGUCAAGUUGGGAGAUUUUGGUCUGUCUAGAUGGGUAGAGGAACAAAGUUAUUACAAAGGUUUGUCCUACAGAUAUGGAUUGAAUUACAUAUGUCAUGCAUUUGAAUUACAUAUGUCAUGUAUUUAAAAUAGAAAAGUUGUUAAUGCUUUGAAUAAUCUCAAUGUUAAUGGUAUGUCUACAUUCAUUAAAUUGUAAUGUUCAAGAAGGCUUUCAACAUGGUUUUGAUGCCUCCCGCUAGGUGAAGUCUAAACUAUGGAACUCAAUGGUUUUCUUUUCAGCUUCUAAGGGAAAGCUGCCUAUCAAAUGGAUGGCUCCGGAGUCCAUCAACUUUCGAAGGUUUACUACUGCUAGUGAUGUUUGGAUGUUUGGUAAGAAGAAGAAAAGUCAUAUAAUAUAACAAUAUAUAAGCUAAGCAUUAAACAAGUGCAGAUGAGUAGAAACUAAAACUGACAAAACUGGAAUUGAUGCUACCUAUGCUGUAACAUGUAGCUAUCAAGUAUACAUUAUAUUCACAGAAUAAAACCACGGUGUUGUGUCACUGCUCAUGUUGCUGUCCUUUGUUUUCUUCUUCAUUAAUAACUUAACAUUAACCUUGGAGGAUACAAGUAAUUGUAAUGUUUACUCUUGUUAAAAUAGCUUGAAAUGUUGUUCAUGAUGGAAAGGAAUUGUUACAUUUUUAAAGUCUAACAUGCAAUUAAAAUAUUGCGUACUCCUGGCAGGAAAUAGAAUAAACUAUUUUUUUAUUUUUUUUUAUAAUUUAUCUUUGGACCAGUCCAAAACUUUUAAAACUUGUAUUCUCUAAUCCCAGGUGUGUGUAUCUGGGAAAUUUUAAUGUAUGGGGUCAAGCCAUUUCAAGGUGUGAAAAACAACGAUGUCAUUGGUAAGAUAGAGGCAGGUGAACGUCUCCCGUUGCCCCCUGGAUGCCCACCAUCUCUUUACAACCUGAUGUGUUCCUGCUGGCAGUAUGAACCUUCCAAACGCCUUUCAUUUGCUGAUCUCAAAACAUGGCUCACGUAAGUCACUCACAGACUUAGACAAUCAUAUCAAAAUUAUCAUAUGUAUAAAAACAAGAAUGAAGAGACACAGUAAAUGAAUUUUUCUGAGUUUAAAAGCUAUUACCUCAUCAGGAAAAGACUAAAAAGAAAUUGAAUUUUUGUUUUAGUUUGUUUCUUGUAUGAUGGCUUGAUUAGCCACUUCAGUGCUAUGCUUGAUACCAUCAAAGUCUUGCGUAACCCUCAUACACACUCAUACACACCAUUAGCUUUGACAUAUACACUAUAGGUGAGUUUGUUUAAUUAAAGUAUUAAAUUUUGUGUACAAAAUAUUGUCUUAGUCUUAGUUUGAUUAUCAAGUCACGGACAUAUUUGGCUCUAACUAAUGUACUAAUUAAUUAAGUCAAAUCAAUCAAUUACUGACUAGUAAUGGAAAAAUACUGUCUUUUCUAUCUAUGAAUUUGAUGUUGAUAUCUCUAGCUUCGUGAUGUUGAUAUCUCUAGCUACGUGAUGUUGAUAUCUCUAGCUAUGUGAUGUUGAUAUCUCUAGCUAUGUGAUGUUGAUAUCUCUAGCUAUGUGAUUUUAUUAUUUCAGUGAGAUAUUAGAAGAUGAGCGGUGCAGACAAGAAGAAGAGAUGCACAGAGACAACAGACGAGUGCAGGCCAUUUCUUGGGGUAAAUAUUCAUUAACCAAGCUUCAAUGAUUCAUAGCCAAGUUAAAGAUGCCCUCGGUUUUAGUCACAAUUUAAUUAUGAUUGCAUUCAGCUUUAAUUCCACCUUUUUCUGUGGUCGUCCAUCAAGCUAUAAAUUGGCUGUCUCAAUAAAAUUAAAUUCAGCAGAAAUCAAUUCCUUGAGGAUUUUUCUUAGAUUUUUUAGUUAAUACAAUAGGAUCUGAUUCAUAAAUGACCAGAUAUAAAAUACAAUGAUUCAUUCAAAUGUUUCUUUCAUCAGCCGGUUCCAAUGGCUCUGAUGAAGAGCCCCCGCCACCCCCUAAACCUGCCAGACCACAAUUUGCCAUGUCACCAACCGGUUCCACCCCCAACCUUUCGAUGAAUGCUGGCAACUCCUUCAAUGCAAGUAUAGCAUCUCUGCCCCAUCAGUGGAAUAGCACCACCAACCUUCCUGUGGGCCACAGCACGCCGGCAUCAGGACCAUCCCCGGACACAAAUGCCUUCAAGUCCCAGGGUUCACUGAGAUCACAGGACCAUGUCAAACAGCAGCAACCAGCUUCCACUGGAGCUCACAUAGAAUAUCAGUUACAGAAUUAUUUCCCCUCUUCUGGGUACAUGCAGGUAAUGCUUAUAGCGUUUUAUUUAAACACCUUAUUGAAAAAGAAUUCAAUAUUUUAGUAAAAAUAAAAUAUAUAAUUAAACUGAACUCCAUGACUCCUCAUAGCUUAAACUUUGAAAUAAUCAAACUUUUGUAAUUGGAGUAUUUCAUCAGAAAAAUUAAUGAUUUUUAAAAAUGAUUAAUAUUUAAUUAUCUGAGAUGUAAUAAAGCCAUCCAGAUCUUAAGGUGUGUGCUUAAAACAUUGUAAACAAAACUUUGACUAAUUUUUACAUGUCAAUUUUCUAGUAAAAAUUCCCAGAAAAAGAAAAAUGUAAUAAUUUGAUUCAAACUUUAUAUAGUUGAAUUCAACCAAUCACUUUGAAAACUUGAAUAGUUAAAAAUUGAGACUAGAAAACUGCUCCAUGUUAAAACUUCUGAUGUUAUCACUCAAUGUCUCAUGAAAUAUGUGGAGAUGGUCAAUCAUUCUGUAGCCAUUAAAAGGCAUUUAUUCCAAUAAUAUUUUAUACUCAUACAUUGCAGAAUCGCUUAACAAAGCCCAUAUAUUUACUGGUAUGAUAUUGGCUGUAUAGAGAUGCAUUUAUUUAUCAAUAAUUCUCCACUAAAUAAAUUCUUAAAAAUUAUUUUAAAUCCUUUUACAAAAUCGUUUUUUUGAUUUAUUAUAUCCUUUAUUUAUAAUAAACAUUUUAAAUCAUUUGUUAAAAGUAAAAAAAAUUGUUAAAGUUAAUGAAAAAGUUCAAAUAAAUACUGAAACAUUUUCUCAUUUAAAACUCGAUGAUGAAUCAACUUGACAAAAGAGCUAAUUAUCAGUGGUAAAGGUUAUUUCCCCAUUCGCAGGAUAGAGGUUCCCAAACUGUGCACUCAAGGAGUUACAAAGUUUGAUAAGCUCAUGUUAGAUCUAAUGGAAUUGUUUAAACUAGUUACAGUGAUAUUGGUUUACAGAAAAAUUAAAAAAUAGAUACUCGAUCAAGAUGGCGCUCUGUAAUAUAUAAGUUGUUCACUUCUUUUUGUAAAUUAAAAGCUGUUGGUUUUGAGAUGUUGAAUUUUUUUCGGAGGCCGCCUUGAGAAAAUCGGGAUACACUAAAGGUGCAAUAACUCAAAAAAGUUUGGGAAUCUCUGCCUUGUACAUUAUGAUCUUUCACAAUUGAGUUCUCUCCCUUACUCCCUUAAUCCCUAACUGCUACCACCUUUUAUUCUUUAAAACAUUGUUCUAGAAACAUAUUUCUGUUGUUUUACCAGAUCUGUAAAUGCAUUCAAAAAUGACAUAGGCAUUGAAAAUAAAUUUAUUAUUAUAUUAUAUUUUCAUUGUAAAUAUACCCUACAUAUCAAACACAGUGUCCAGACACACUGUAACUCUGUGUAAGACACUGCAAUUUUGUGUAAGACACACUGUUACAAUGUAAAAUAUGCUGACUGUGUCAGACACAGUGUAACUCUAUAUUUCAGACACUGUAAGUUUGUAAAUAUAAAUUAAAUCAUUUUAUUCGCUCCAAAUCUAUUACUAAUUGUAAACAGCUGAAUCAAAUGAUAAUUAGCUUUUGUCCCUCAGCUUUCCCCAUCAACAUGUUGUUCCAACCUAUGUGCACACAAAUUAUAGAUCCUGUCUUAUAAUUAACAACAAAAAGAAGGAAAUUUACAUAGUUGAUAUUAAAAGUAAUCAAAGAGGUAAAAAUGCAUUUAUCUAUUUUACAUAAGGAAACAGUACUAGAGAAAAUCAUGAAUAGAUUCGUGUAAUCUAAUUUGAAUGUUUCAAUAUUUUUUUUGCACACCUUUACCACCUUCUGCCAUCAACCCUCGCAGGUCAGCAGCAGCAGCAACUCCGGCCAGCUACCUCCCCAUCCUCACCCGCACAUCUCCUUACCUGUCCGCAACCCUCCAAAUCUUCCCACACUGCCCCCUCCAGCAGCAUUCCAGCAGCCACAGCAUUUCACCAGCAGCCACAAGACUUCCAUGUCUAAUCGACCCGACCCCCCUUCCCUGACCAUGCCUCCACCUCCCCCUGUUGACCACUACCAGCUCUCAUCUCGGAACAACCAGGUGCUCUCCCCUCUUUCACCUCCAACAACACCACAGGUAUAACCAUUUCUAAGCCAUCCUUGUAGUUAGGUACUCAUGACGGCUAACAUUCUCAGGUUUUAACUCAAAUUUAUUUCCCUCUGUUGUUGAACAAUUUAAUCCCACAUAUUUGAAAUGGCAAACAUAGUUAUAGAUACAUUUAAAGAAAAGAUAUAGAAUAUAUAAAUUUAAAAAAAACAAUAUAGAAUUAAUUUUCUCACAUGGACCAUAAACUAAAAGAAUCCAGUCCAAAGAUUAGUUUUCUAGAGUUACAUAUCCAACAGAUCUGUCAGUUUGAAAACCAUUAAAACAUUCUCACUGCUUAAGUUUGCAUCAGUUAACAGAGCUAACAUGGUUUUAAAACUCUUCAUGUGUAAAUACUUUUAACCUUUGCAUUAUAAAGUGUAGACUAAUUUUCUUUGAAAUGAACUAUUAAUGUUUAAAGUGACUAACCACACCACCUCCAUCCCUUACCUAAACAACCCCCAUGCUUUGUUGUCUUUAUGUUUUUGAAUAGUACAUAAACCAUUAGCAUUAUAAUACCUUAUCUUUGUAGCACAUAAACCAUCAACAUUAAUACCUUAUUAUUGUAGUAUAUUCCUUUAGGAAGUAAUUAGUGUAGAUUUAACUGGAAUGUAUACAUAUUUAUUUUGACAACUCUUUAAGCAGUAUGCUUGUCAUUACAUCAUCAUAUUUAUAAGAUAACGGGUAUAUUUAGAGUUUUCUCUUCAGACUUUAUACUUCUAAAAAAGUCAUUUAAAUGUGAACAGCUUAUCCAUGUAUUAAAUUAACUCUUCUUGAGAGUCAGUGUAAUAUACUAAACUGAAACAGAUUUCAGUUGUUUUGUUAAGGAGAGUUCAUUUUUUGGACAUGGACUUGUUACAUAAUAAACAAUACAUGGACUAAGAUGCAAACUAUGGUUUAAGAUACACACUGGCUUCAUUGAUGGCUUGUCACUACUACAUAAAGACUUGCCUGGUCGUAAACUGUACAAAUGGCUUAUGGUGAAUCUUUACUGGAAUAUGGGACAAUACACUUUGGUUGAUUGUAAGAAACCAUGUCUCCUUUAUGUUCAAUUUGACCUCAGCUAUGCAGUGUCAGUACAGUACCACACAGUACAUGACAGUACCACACAGUACAAUAAAGUUCUACCAAGUACAAUACAAUACAACACUGUACUUGACAGUACCACACAGUACAUUACAGUACACCUCAGUAAAUGACAGUACCACACAAUACAAGACAGUACCACAGUAUAUAUCAGUUAUGCACAAUACAUUACAGUAACAAACUUAUCGCAGUACAUGUCAGUACUAUACAGUACAUUACAAUGCUUUAGCAUUUUCUAAAUGGAUCAUUUAAAUGUUUAGUUAAUGAUCAAGUAUUCUUUCUUAACUUCAACCUCUUAAAAUGUGUAAAUUUAAUUGUUGGACUAGCAAUAAUGUCCUGUACAACUGUACGCCUAUGUUAUCUAUUUAAUUGUUAGACUAGCAAUAAUGUCCUGUACAAGUGUACGCCUAUGUUAUCUAUUUAAUUGUUGGACCAGAUAUUUAUGCCGUGUACAACUGUACGCCUAUGUUAUCUAUUUAAUUGUUGGACCAGAUAUUUAUGCCGUGUACAACUUUACUUCUGUGCUAUCCCAGGGUUUCACCCAGCAUCAUAGACAUGUAGAAGAUAUUGAUGAGGCUGUCAUUGAGAUGAGGCUGAGGCAACAGCAGAAGGAAUCGGAGGAGGAUUCAAGAUGGCUGCAGGCAGAGGAGAAAAAUUUGGUGCUCAAUUUAAUGAAACUUACUCCAUUCAUUGAACCCCUAAACAGUCCACAUAAAAUAUAGUGCUUUCCUUCAGUCAGCUAUAUUAUUAUGAGUAAAUUAUGUGCAACUUUGUGUGUGCUAUAUUUAUUUUAAAUCAUUUGAUAUUAAUAUGUAAAUGUAGAAAUACUGUUCAGAAGCAAAGCUAGAUGGUGAGUGUUUGAAAUGAUUAGCUUGAAACAUGUAAAUUGUAGCUCCCUUAACUAACUUCUCUUGAUUCUCUGAUUGCUUAGAAACGGGACUCGCAUCCUUUAACUUACAGACCUGAUUUGGGGCAACACUUGGACAACACCAAAGAAAACUCACCACCAUCAUUGGCCAACACGCGGCCUGUUCCUAAUGCUAAACUUCUUCAAAGGACUUCAAGUAAGUUUGGCUUAAAACAUUAGUAAAAUUUCUAUUUUAUUUGUUGCCAACCUAUCUGAAAAGAACAAGUGAUAGAAAGAAUUCGUCAAGCAAUUGGGCAGUACAAUAAUCCUGGUGACUGUAAAAAAGCACAAACUGGAAUGGUAUGGCCAUGUGACAAGAAAUCAUGCAGGGCACAAUGAGAGGAGGGAGAAGAAGAGGAAGACAGAAAAAGAUGGGAAGAUAACAUCAAAGAGUGGAUGGGACUAAAACUAGGCGAUGCUGUGCAGAAGACAGAGAGGAAUGGAGAAGGACAGUUUUUAUGUCAUAUGUGGCGGCCCAAAGGUCCAAGGACUAAGGCACAUGAUGAUGACGAUGAACCAUAAUGAUUUGAUUGUAAAAUUGCAUAUAAGAUAAUUUUGAUGAGAUUGUCACAUAACUGGUAUAAGCUAAUUAUUGAUUUGUUUUCUAGUUAAUGCCAGUUGUCACAUGACUGGUAUAAUCCAAUCAAUGAUUGGUUCUUUAGCUAUUUUAUUAUCCAAUCAUUUCUUUGUUCUCCAGGUAGUGCCAGUAGUACCAGUGAUUCUACAGAGGGAUCCACACAAAAGGUCAGACUGUUGGUUUUUUUAAAUAUCUAUUUAUAUUUAUCCAUGAUAAAUAUAGCUUAAAAAUAAAUAAUCUUUUAUCAUAAUGCCAACUAAUUAUCAAUUUUUAUCAAAAUUUGUAGAUUUAUAUUUUUAUUUUAAAAUUAUUUAUGGUCAAAUUACCAUUAAUCACAUUUAAAAAAUAUACAUCAAGCUGGCAACAAAUGGAAAUCAUUUUUUCCCCUUUAAUAAGACAUUGAUGUGGAAAUGGGACAUAGAUGAGGACAUUGAUGAGGUCAUAGGACACUGAUGAGGACAUAAGAGAUUGAUGAGGCCAUAAGUUUAUUUAUGUUGUGAAUAAAAGUUGCUCUGAAAAUAUGACCAGAGUGCUGAGACAGUUCAAUAAGUUCAACAUUGCUUCACUUAUGGUGCUUGCUUUCUUUUGUUUCAGUUGUCACGAGUCAAUGACAGUGUUUAUGACAGCACCACCAACGUUGUGAGGGCUGUCAUGACCAUGACUAAAGAUGCCCCACGAGUUGAAGCUGAAGGCUACUUGGAAAUGGUCAAGGUAAAAAUCAAUCUUAUCAUCUGUGUCCAAUUUUAACUAAAUUAAAAACUGAAACAAGGCUUGAAAAUAAAAGACAUGACAAUCAAGCAGGCGUUUGGGCCAGAUGUCCUUCAGCAGACAAUACCAGAAACAUAUUAACUUAAAUUUUUUUUAAUAAUUUUUUUUCGAAGAUCUCAAUUUAAUGAUGCUCAAUGUUCAAAACUAUUGACAAAGGGAUUAUGGAUGCUAGCAAUCGUCUUACUUUUAUAUAUUUUAUGAAUGACAAAGAGGCAAUUUUAAGCUUGUUCAGCUGAUCUCUUGAUGGAUCUUGUUCAGCUGAUCUCUUGAUGGAUCUUGUUCAGCUGAUCUCUUGAUGGAUCUUGUUCAGCUGAUCUCUUGAUGGAUUCUUUUAUUUAAGACCAGCACAUUUUAUAUAUCUUAGUGAAAUAUAAUUGCUUAACUAGUACAGUGGUCAGCAAAUCAUGGCUCCCGAGCCGCAUGCGGCCCGUUUAGAGACCUGAGUGCGGCUUGGCCAGUCGGCCACAAAUUGGUUUUUACCCCGAAAAAUAUGGUUCUUGACAGGUUUUUGAAAAGAAAUUUGGCUAUAAAAAAAAAUUAAUCGCCCUGCUGCUGAUUUUUGGCUCUUUUGACUAAUGAGUUUGCAGACCACUGAACUAGGAGAUUUGGUGGUUAAAAUGUGAUCUGUUGCAAGCAUCAUUCUUAACUGUUCACACUACAUCUUCCCUUAACCCCGGCAUCCUCCCUUGACCCCGGCAUCCUCCUUUGACCCCCUUACGUCCUCCCGUGACCCAUUAGAUCCUCUUUUUUGACCCCUACAUCCACCAUUGACCCCUAAAUCCACCAUUGACCCCUAAAUCCACCAUUGACCCCUAAAUCCACCAUUGACCCCUACAUCCUGAUACCUUCACAUCUUCGACACCAUAUAUUCUCCCUUGACCCCCUGUUUCCUUCCUUGUCUAUCUAUCUCACCAUCUCCUCGCCCCUUCCUUCUUCCACCUUAGCUACAACCCUUACACUUGCUUCCCCCAACUCCACUCCUCUCCUGAGGCCAAUCACCUUUAACCAUUGUAACUGUUUGAUUUUAUGUGAUCAGAAAGUUGGCAGUGAACUGAGGACCCUAUUAGCCAAGGUGGAUGAGGUCAUGCCAAGCUUACCUCCAGACAGCCAUAAACAGGUAUGUCUUCCAUCUUAAAGAACUCUAUUCUUGCACACAAUUACUAAUGACUAAGUCAGAAAAAGCAUACAUGUUGACCUGAGGGCUCAAAAAACUGUAUUGAAAGUUUUAAAAAAAAAUUUAUGAUGCAUAUAAAGCUAUAUGAAAGUGUUAAAUACAUGCAAGUUUCACGUGCGUGUCUAAGAUAGACUUUCUUUUCUUUAACUCAUGCUCAACCACUUCAUUGUUACAGUUACAGUCAUUGGAAGUUUAUAUCUGCAGUAAAAAAGUUGCCUAAAACUAAUGACAUAAUUGUCUGCCCCUUACAGAGCUCACAGAAUUCCAACAUUCAUACAGUAUAAUUCUGUCUCCAAUUUGCCAUAUGCUUCCUUGUCCAAUUUACACUCAGAAUAUCUAUACUUACAUUGGUCUUUGGAUUCAUUUUAUAUUUGUUUGUUGAUACUUUAGUGAUACGUAUCAAAGUUGCUUAAAAAUCCUUGAUGCCAUAGCACAAAUGCAUCUGAUGCUUCAUGAGUUAAAGUCCAUACUUGGCUAGGACAGAUGAUCUAAAGUUAAAGUCUAUACUUUGUGGUCUUUGGUCCUCGUGGACAUAACGAGUUGUUUAAAAUUUAGUGAACGUGUACCGGUUUUAUGAGGCCCACCCUGUUUAUUUGAAGGUAGGGAGUGAAAUAAGUUCAGCAUGAAUUUUAUUGGUGGAUUAAGAAGAGAAGUGUUCAAAGGAUCUGUGCUCAGGUCAUUCUUUUAAAAAUACUUCCAUAAUUGAAUUUUCCCUUUCACUAUAAUUUAAUAGAAAAACAUAAAAAAAUAUGAAUUCCAGUCAAAAACCACCCCAGUUAAAGUAGGGGUCUGUAGCUGCAUGGUUUGAGUGCUUUUUUGCUGUAGCAGUUUUGUCUGAGGUCAUGGGGGGGGGGGGGUCCUUUUACUUUUUUUUUGCAUCCGUUUUAAGGUGCGAAAUGCAUCAAAUAAAAAAUAAAAUUUUUAUUCUUUUGAGUGCUUUUUUGCUGUAGCAGUUUUGUCUGAGGUCAUGGGGGGGGGGGGUCCUUUUACUUUUAUUGUGCAUCCGUUUUAAGGUGCGAAAUGCAUCAAAUAAAAAAUAAAAUUUUUAUUCCAUAUCAAUGUAUCCACUUAGGCAAUUAUUAUUAUAGGUUUACAAUACGUUCAUAAUACUUUACCAUUUUUAUAAAUAACUGUGUUUUUCAGUUAUCAACUUUUUAUUUAAAUAAUUUCUUGAUCAACAUGGGCUCAAGGGCCAGCAGCGAAACAGACAGCGGCGGCACAUUGUGCAAUCCCCUUCAGACUAACCAUUUCCAACUGUCAACUCACCCCUCCAUUUGGUGCACUUUAAAGUAACAGAUUCUGACAACUCAUUCUCCAAGUUUCAUGUAUAUUUUAUUUCAGAUUGAAAUGGCCCAGAAAGUGCUGUCCACAGACAUGGCGUCACUGAUCAGUGCCAUGAGACUGGCACAGGAGAACUAUCACACACCACUGCUGCCUGACUACAGGAAGAGUAUGCUGAAAUCGGCACAUGCCCUGGCCAUGGACUCAAAGAACUUGCUGGAUGCCGUAGAUACAGCGAGGCUUCAGGCCGCUUCAUAGAUAACUGAUUUUAUAGUCAAUCCAUUUUACUGUCAUGUCUGACUAGAGUUUACCCGUUACACUUGCAGCAUUUAGAAUUAGUACAAAACCAUCACACACACCCCCACCCCCCACCACCCCACCCCUCAACCCCUUCCAGAGAAACCUAUAAUUCUGUGGUCAAAAUAAAUGAUGUCAAAUAUGAAUAAAUAUGGGCUCAAAAUAGUUGCAGAAAUAUAAUUCAAAAGCACUGGAGAAAAAAAACGUGUUGCUGCAAAGAAAUUUGUUCUGCAUUUCAAAUGACAUUUUUUAAACUUUAUGGUUGAAGGCCUUGAAAGAAUAGUUCUGUGGCCAGGAAGAGCUACUGUAAGAAAGAAUGCUGUUACUGGAUCUUGUGACCAAAGUGAUGUCAAAUUUCAUGGCUGAAAUGCGAGUGGGGUGACCAUUGCAUACUCCUAUAUGACUUGUCUAUGUAAUACUCCUCCAAGGCUUGACCAUGUCAUACUCCUACAUGACUUGACCAUGUCAUACUCCCACAUGACUUGACCAUGUCAUACUCCUACCUGACUUGACUUUGUCUUACUUCUUAUGAACAUGAUACACAGCUAGUCCCCGAGACUGCCAAAUGUACAUUUCUUAUGUUAGAUAGAAAAGGGCUGGAAUUCUGUUAUAGGGCUUAUUCAAAAUUAUCCAGUUUUUUGUGAGCUAUCAUCACAACAUUCAACUUGUUUGUUCAGUUCUACAGGCAACUCUUGACAACACAAUUGUUUGUGUGAGAUAACUCCAUCUGAUGAGUCGUGUUGAUGUCAGAUGUGUCGUGUUGAUGUCAGAUGUGUCAUUGUCAGCUGUGCUGUUGGUGUGUGCUUUGUUGCUGUUUGCUGUGCUGUUGGUGUCUGCUGUCAUGUUAAUAUGUGAUGUUAUUGUCAGCUGUGUUGAUUUUUGUUUUUGUUCAGCUGUUGGUGUCUGUGUGUGGUUGGUGUCUGUGUGGCUGGUGUCUUGUGUGGCUGGUGUCUUGUGUGGUUGGUGUCUUGUGUGGUUGGUGUCUGUGUAUGGCUGGUGUCUUGUGUGGCUGGUGUCUUGUGUGGCUGGUGUCUGUGUGUGGUCGGUGUCUGUGUGUUGUUGGUGUCUUGUGUGUUGUUGGUGUCUGUGUGUGGUUGGUGUCUGUGUGUGGUUGAUGCCUUGUGUUGUUGGUGUCUUGUGUGGUCGGUGUCUGUGUGUGGUCGGUGUCUGUGUGUGGUUGGUGUCUUGUGUGGUUGGUGUCUGUGUGUGUUUGGUGUCUUGUGUGGUUGUUGUCUGUGUGUGUCUUCUCUUCCCAUGCAAUCUCUUCUCAGGACUGUUGUUUUGAUGGUUUUGACAUUAGCUGCCUUGUUCAGACAAAACUCUUUAUUUCUCUAUACUCCCAAAUAUUCCUGGCAUAAUUCCAUGAUGAAAUCUUGCUAAUGAAGGACAUGUCUACUUUAAUAACAUACAUAAUUUCCCCACAGAUAACUGUCACUGAGCUAAUGCACGUCUUAAAAAUUUGUUGGUGGAAAUUGUUAAAGGCGUAUAGCCAGAUGUGACCAUUGACCUUUCAAGGUUUCUUGAGGUGCUAUUGCAUGUUUCAAUGUUAAUGUUAUUUAAGAAAUAUUUUAUCAAAUUUUACUAGUGUCUUGAUGCCUACAAAAUGUUAUUGUUUGUAACAAUGCUCUACACCACACAUUUCUAUGAUCAGGACACCUGAUGGUGUAAAGGGUGAAUGAUAUCCUAAUAAUCAAUUAAUGUGAACAUGGCUCAAUAAUUUGUAUUACAAAGCAUCCUUAAUGUGCACUUGGAGAGAAAAUGUUCUAAAACAUGAAUGACCUUUUGACAUAAAUAAAGGUAUCACUAUUGUUCCAUAACUCCAGCUAUGACUGUCUAUUUUCCAUUGUUGGCCAAUCAGCCUAAAGUUUAAUGUCAAUGCUGCUAUUGUGGCCCAAUCAGCCUAAAGUUUAACUUAAAUGUUGCUAUAUGGGCCAAUCAGCCUAAAGUUAAACUUAAAUGUUGCUAUAUGGGCCAAUCAGCCUAAAGUUUAACUUAAAUGUUGCAAUGAAAAUGAGUGCACCAAACCUAACCUUCCAUUUCUAUGUACUGAAGUAUCCAUUAUUUCAAUGUUUAAAUGUUAUUAAAUGUUUAUGUAUAGGUCAUAGGAAAUCAUGUAUCACUAGCUAUGUACCAUCAAAAAAUUAGAAAUGUUUUCAUAGAGGUUGAAGAUUUUAAAAAUUCAUCUCAUCAAAUAAAUAAUUCUCUUCAAACUAAGACAAGAAUUUUAUUCUAAAAAUGUCCUUCUUAAAUGUGGGAGAAAAACAAGUAUUUAUGUUAUUUCAAAAGUUUUUAUGGCAAUAUUUUGGUGAAUGUUUGAUAAAUAAGCUUUGAAUUUUGAAUUAACAACCUCAAUCAUUGUUGACUGGUUGAGGCAGAUCUUUUCUUACAUUCAAACAAGUGUACAGAAACUAUGCGGUGCUGCAAUUACUCUGCUAAUAAUGUGUAAGAAAAGGAGAUUUAACUUUAUAUCCUAAAAUGGCAAUGCCUUUCCAAAAGGUUGUGUCUCUUGCUAACAGCAUCAGUGGAAGCCAUUCACACAGGUUUAGGUUUUUUGAAGAUGAAUUUAUACUUCAAGACCAUCACCAAUGUCGAGUAAGUUAUUCCCCCUGGCUUUUUCUUCUCUCUAUCUCUCUUUCACCCCCACCCCCCCCUUUUGUUCCCCAAGCCAUGUAACUAUUGAGGGCAACCCUUAGUUCAUUGAAAUGUUUCAUUGAAAUGUUUAAGAGUGUCACUAUAUUAAGUUUUUUUUAUCCUCAUUGAACAAUGUUCCCCCUGGUUUUUUCUUCUCUCUAUCUCUCUUUCGCCCCCCCCCCCCUUUUGUUCCCCAAGCCAUGUAACUAUUGAGGGCAACCCUUAGUUCAUUGAAAUGUUUCAUUGAAAUGUUUAAGAGUGUCACUAUAUUAAGUUUUUUUUAUCCUCAUUGAACAAUGGAGGGAGUUUGCUGUUCCUCUCAUUUGAAUUAGGUUAUGCUCAAGUAGGGUAGCCACCAUUCCCUGAUUCAUUCAAUUUACAAUAGCAUGUCUGUACCUCAAAGUUUUGCUUUGUUGGUAGAAUUAAAUUGUUUUUUUUUUUUUUGUGGUAAAUGACACACACUUAUGUGCUUAUUGGUACAGGUCAUGUGUGUGUGUGCUUAGUGGCAAGGGCAUCCUGAUGUCUGCCUAUUGACAAGGGCAUGCUGGUGUCUGCCUAUUGACAAGGGCAUGCUGGUGUCUGCCUUUUGGUACAGGAUUAAGAAACUAUAAAUAUACAGCGCAUAUAAGAAUAAACUUCCACUGCCAACAGCAGCAGUACUUCUUUAACUCUUUUUUUCUGCCGGUCACUUUCCAGAAUUUUUUCUCCUGAUUAUUUCUAUCCUACUGAUUGACUCAGUAAAUAUUGUACAUAGCCGUAAGUUUCAUUUCUGUUGUCCUGCCAGCCAUAAGUUUUAUUUAUGUUGUCCUGCCAGCCAUAAGUCUUAUUUCUGCUGUCCUGCCAGCCAUAAGUUUCAUUUCUGCUGUCCUUGCUUUUUAUUGAAUCACAGGACAUUAAAUUCAUCAAGGAAGAACGUUUGUUUGUUCCUGUUCAAUGUGUUCUUCUAGAUGAGUUCUGUUUGGGGCAUGUGUUUGUAAUGUUUGGCCUAUGACUUCAGUCUCUGAUUGUAUUACACACAAUGAUGCACUUCUGCUGUAUAGAAACAACUAUUUUGAUAACCUGCUUUAAAUGUCUGCAUGGUGUGCUGAUCAUGUUCUCUGUGUAAAGCUGGACAAUGUGAGACUCUGUGUGCCUAGAGCUUUUUACAAUGAAUUUUUAAACAUGUUUGAAAGAGAAUGUUCAAACUGAGUAGUGUGUGAGAUGACCAAUGACUUGGCGGAUUAGGAUUAUCACUUUUUUUGUUGUCCAACUUGCCGAGAGUAGGAAUGAAUGAAUGUUUUAUCUAACCAGUAUUUGUAUCAGUAGCUGUUAUCUCCUAUAGUUUAGUGACAACUUUAUUUUAUUGACUAGACUGUAGGACUAGAAUGUGAAAUAAAUGGAAAAGCCCACACUAACAAAAUGAUGGAUUAUCCUGAGUCUCUUGUCCUACUUGUAUUAAUAUAAUGAAGAAAAUGAGCAAGAUACAGAUCAAGUGUUGUAAUAUCAGUUCAAGUCAAUAGCACAAUUUAAGUACACCUGUAAAUAUGUGGUGUAGGAUAAGAAAUUGAUCCACCAUUGCUUUAUAGAUCUGUCGAGAGCAUGUCAGCACUCCACUAUAGAAAUGUUCAACACAAAUAAUCAUUCUUGUUAAGAUGUGUUGUUGCCUGUAUUCAGGGAUAUUGAAUUGAACAUGACCAAUGACAAACUAACCCUUCUAUGUCUCUAGGAAUUCAAGAUUAAUUUUUAUCCUAUCUGUUAUAUUGCAUGACAUUAGAAUCUUUGACAUUCCCAGAAACUAACCAAAUUUUCAAGGGAGUCUUUUGUCUUAACAUUUUGUUGACAUUAUUUAGUAUAGUAUAAUUUUCUAAUUUUUUUCAUGGGGGUAACUGAGCUGAGGGUCAACUGAGGUCAUGGUUGUUUGUGUUGUUACAUCAAUCAUUUUUGUGUGUCUAGGAGGGGGUGGGGGGUUUGACUAGGGGUCAACUGAGGUCAUGCCCAUUGAUUACUAACAUGAUUAAUGGACAUUGAUUUAGAACAUGUCCUCUUAUCAAAGGUACCACAUGAAACUAGCAGGCUAAUGGUGACAUCAUCACAUUCAGUGAGACACAGUCAUGUGAUUAGUGUGCUGUGAGCCACAGUCAUGUGAUUAGUGUGCUGUGAGCCACAGUCAUGUGAUCAGUGUGCUGUGAGCCACAGUCAUGUGAUUAGGGUGCUGUGAGACACAGUCAUAGUCAUGUGAUUAGUGCCUGCUGGGAGAGGCAGUCAUGUGAUUAGUGUGUGCUGUGAGAGGCAGUCAUGUGAUUAGUGUGUGCUGUGGGCGGCAGUCAUAUUAGUGUGCUGUGAGAAACAAACUUUUAAGAUCAGUGAUAAACAAUAAACAUUUAGUGGUAAUUGUUGACCACUUUCUAGGUGUGCCAUGGACUGACUGCUAUUGUUACUGUGUCAUUGUCAACGAGAGAUUUGAACAUAUCUUUUCUUAAAUGUGCAUGCCACUUGCUCCUGGGUUCAUGAGAUCACUUUAUUAAAGGCAUCUUCUCUGUGUUAAAUCGUCUUCGUCUUCAUCAUUUUUUUUCUUUAUUUCAAAUGAAGAACCUAUUUAUGACAUUAUUUUAAAACACUGUUAUGUAUAUAG